AUGGAUGUGCUGUGUAAGUCGACAUUUUUUUUGUCCUUUUAGUGUUUAUGACGGUGGUUUGUCACUUAUAGAAACACUGGUUAGAAAUCCUGCUAAUGCAUACCAGAGUCGGUCCGAAAGCAUCUUUCAUCUAGCGAUAGUUGAUUACUUUUCCAGUUUGAAAGAGCUGUGGGGAAGUCGAAUUUGGGGGUUACACAUGGAGUACCAGUGUUGUAGACCGCGUUCCCCAAGAACCCAUAGCAAUCAGUUCAGCGUUCGUUGGUGAAGUGACAGCGAACACAACAGAAACAUUAACGUAUCCAUCACGUUCCUAGCAGUCUACAGGAGCGACAGUAGAACCUAUGAUUUAAUCGUCCUCAAUGAAAAGAGCGAGAUUGAUCACAGAUCAAUGGAUAUAGAAGAACAGUGUGACGGCACAUAUUUAUUGUAAUAGAUCGAAUGGGGGUAGGGGGGAACAUUAUUAAAGUGAUACUCUCUUAGUAUUUGUAAAUUAUUUUAUGAUUUUGAAACCGCGUGCAAAGGGUGCAAAGUAAUAGGAAAUGAUGGGGGGUGGGGGUGAAAUUUGCCAGUAAAGGUAGGGUCCCAUAUCUAUUAUCACUCAAUAGGAAUAUAAUUCUCUGGACUAACACAGAACCCUCAUUGAUCAUGGCUUUCUUUGUGUUCUUAUCUACAAUAGGCAAGGUUUGCUAUCAUUAAUUUACAAAAUGUUUAUUGUUAAUAAAAUGUAUGAUUGCAUCUGCAAGCAACAUUUACUUACAAACAAUGGCAUCAAUGAUCUGUGGACUCAACUGCUUUUUUCCAUUUGCACCAGUAAGGUUGGAGCCGAUCAAUUCACUGUUUAAAAAGAAACAGUUCAAUAGGAAGCACGCUGCCCCUGAUGGCGCCUUUUUAGCUAGAGGCCACAUCAAUGCUUGUUUGGUACACAUGCACCCUACUGCCUGCGGUGACAGCUCUACCAUCGGAAAAUAUACAUUGAUGUAAUUUUUUAAUUGACUUUUUUAGCUUUUAUAAUUUUUUUUUCCUAUUCAGCUCAUGUGAUGUUCUCAAGCAAAUUUUUCUUUUGUCUUUUCCUAAAUAAAAUAAUGAGCAUUAUGCACGUGGGCCGCAAAAGUUGAAAAACCAUACUCAAGAGUAACAUCGUUGGUCUGAAUUCGGGAAACAAAAUGUGCAAGCCAAAAAACGUCUUAGAAUUGUAGUCAUGCUUUGAUGUCUGUUAUCUAUUAUUAAUUUAUCAACAAUUUGUUCAAAGCAUUCAAAGGUCAUAGUAUUGAUUGUAUUAGGGACAAAACCAGCAGAGAAAAACAAGCAACGUUAAUUUGCCUGCAAUAAAAAUAAUCGCUGCAGCAAUAAAUUUGGGCAUUAUGUUUAGGGUUCACAUGCAGGCUCAAUUUUCAUGCUGUUAAUGGCUGGCACCUUUGGAAGAACUGUAUUCGUGGAAAAGUAUGACAGACAGCAAAUAUCCAAGUUGCAAACAAUUAUUUCUGCACUUUUGCCUGGGUAACCCAAAUUUUGCUUGGGCAAGUAUAUCAUCAGGAUUACUUGCCCCGGAUGAAAACUUCAAUUAUUUAAAAAUAUAUAUAUGGAAGUAGUAGGGCUUCAGCAAAGAUAAGCCUUGCGAUGGAUUAGGUGGAUUAGGUGGAUUAGGUGCCUAGUCAAUGACUUCACCCAUUGUUAUAACCUACAUACUAAUUUGGAUUAGGUUUAUUAAUGAGCGUCACUCUACUACAAUAGGAACAAUAGGCUUGCCUAGACUUGCCCGGGAUCUUUUAACCCUAAUUGGAUAGUAAACAAUCUAUUAUGAGUUUAGCAUAAAAGCGUGCUUUCCCUUCAGUAUUUCAUUCUCGCAAUCACUUUACUAAGGAAAAAGUCUUACUAUCACCAAUAUUUUUUAAAACAUUGCUCCAAACAUGCAAGUCGAAUCGAGCUGUAAACUUGUCUGACUAUUACAGAACCGUUUUCUCCUUUCUAUCUCGAGGAAAAGAAGUCUUGUCAUUUUCACGCACGGUUAAUCAGUUAAUUAUGCGAGUUCACAAGCCCAAAGUUGAAUACAAAUUAGCUCUACAGCUAGACCCCAGGGAGCAACCUUGACGUAUUGUUAUAAAACAAAUAACUUAACAAGCAUCAAUUAAAACACGCGACUCAUAAUUGCUAGCAAUAAAAAGACAAGAGAGGUAUCGUUUUAAAAAAAUUUAUUAAAAAACAAUGACAAAAAGAGUCAAAUACACAGGAAUGGAAAUUAAUUAAUCUUCAUCUUCGCCCAUGGAGUACUUGUAAGGUUUGAAUUUCUUAUGCCGACGUUUCUUCAGCUGUUUGCCAUGAGAUUUAUGAUCAUCCAAAUAAUUUAGAAAUUGAAUCCGACGCCUUUUGCGCUUCGGGCCUUGUGGUGAUGGGGUUUCUACUGUGGGAGGAGGGUCAGGAAAGCAGGAUUUAAGGGUGGUGGAGGGGUGAGGCUUUCUUUGUCAGCUUUUUGAGAGAUAGCCGCUUGUGUUAAUUCAGGUGUUACAUUAAAGGGGUUGAGGGGAGUCGAGAAUGCUGUCGUUGCUGUCGAAGAAUCUUGUGUCCUUAAUGUUAAGUCUGGAACAGUACUGAUUAUUUCUUCCGGUCGUGUUCUUGUAUUUAAUUGUUCUUUGAAAGCCAGGUAUCUGUUUUGCAACUGAACGUAUCGCUUAGCUUUUUGAUCGUCCCGAAGAUCGUUUCGAGAAAGCACGUCAUCCAUGUUGCCCUGUAUUUCUUGCAUAGCUGGAAGAAGUGGGACAGGCGAAAGAGUUUGCUGCUUCAGAUAUUUUAGGAGCUCUUGAGGAAUAUUUUCUUGAAACCAUGCUUGGUUAAAGCCUUCUUCACUGGCAGGACGUUUGUUCGCAACCGACAAUUAUCUUGGGUAGUAGUUUUCACAUCAAUCAGAAGAUAACCAAAAGGUCUUUUUACAGCCUCUUCGUACUUAUUUAAAAAGAAAUCAGUCUGCCCAGGAUACAUUUGCUUCGCCAGAGUCAAGAUUUGCAAUUUGUCUCGUGAAUUCUUGAAUAACACCAGAUAAUGGCUGUUUAGGCUUAUGCUGCGGCUACCUUUCCCCUGAUGAAAUAGAUUCUGCACGAUAUAAACCACGCUCAGAUUGCGAUGAUGAGAACCACGAGUAAAGAGGUUCACAAUUCGCUUGUCUUUACUGGCGUCAAUCAUCUGAUCAUCAAACACGAUCAAAUUCCGUUUGUUCACAUCAAAAUAGGAAUCUUGCUCCAAAGCCGUAGGAAUUCCCUUGACGAAUUCAAUGUUUGGCAUGGCGACUAACAUUUGUGUAUACGCAGGCUGCCAUUGUGAAUAACACCAAACGAUCCUCUCCGGGGGAGGGUAAAUGGUCUCUGAAGCUUGUUGCAAUAGAGAUCGAACCCAGGCCGUUUUUCCGGACCCGGUCAUUCCGGCAAUCAUGGAGGUGAAAGGAUGCUCGAAGCGAAACCGCUGACAUUUCUGUGAAAAUAUUGGAACUGUUUGAAAUGGGGUGAGACCAGCAUUGCGGUGUUUAGACAUCACGUGCCUUUGCAUACUAUCUUUUCUACUAAAGGAUUUUUCGCAGACAGAACAGAACCAACUCAUGUCAACUCCUCAGGAGCAAAAUGUAGACUGAGAAAGAGGUAGAAUGUUGCGCAUUUAUAUAGGUUUUCAGACCACAAGAUUCUAUUGUUUUCCUCCCCCAAGACCACCACUACCACCACCACCACAUUUCUAUUGUUUUCUUUCCUCCACCACCGCCACCACAUUUCUAUUGUUUUCCCUCCAACACCACCACCACCACCGCCACCACAUUUCUAUUGUUUUCCCUCCACCACCACCACCACCACCACCGCCACCACAUUUCUAUUAUUUUUCCUCCACCACAUUUCUAUUGUUUUCCCUCCACCACCACCACCACCGCCACCACAUUUCUAUUGUUUUCCCUCCACCACCACCACCACCGCCACCACAUUUCUAUUGUUUUCCCUCCACCACCACCACCACCAUCACAUUUCUAUUGUUUUCCCUCCACCACCACCACCACCGCCACCACAUUUCUAUUGUUUUCCCUCCACCUGAUUCUAUAAAAGACUACCAACUGCCAUUCUUAGUUCAUUUUGUAGCAAUGUCUCGUGUAGUGAACAACAAUCGUGGUUUUCUUCAGCUGUUAGCUGCUUGUCCCGCUUAUCAGCGUCAGUUUCUUUUAAAGACAGCUACACCACAGCAACUUCAUGCACUAGUCCAAGUCUUAUACAAUUUACGCAUGGGACACAUUCCUAUCUCCGAAGAAAAUAAGCGGGUAUUGCUGCCAUAUAAGGAUGCUUUACUUAACCUGGCCAGUCCAAAUGUCCCUUUCAAAACAAAGAAGCGAGUCCUUGUUCAAGAGGGUAGUGGUUUUAUUGAAGAUGUAUUAGCCCCUGUCGUUUCAAGCUUAGGAUUUCUAAUGCUAUAAAAGAGGUGACACAUCGCUAGGUUGAUCAUUCGAAGCUAAGUCUGUCACGGGUGCUCAUCAAAAAUGAAGAGAAAGAUAGAUUUGGUUGAAGAAGAAGAUCACGAGAGUGAACAUGAAGAGAGCGAAAGUUCUGGUGAUGAAAGCGAGGAUGAAGAACCAAGAAUAAAAGAAGAACCGAGAAUAAAAGAUGUUUUGAGUCAUCUUUUCCGAGCAGUGCCUGAAAAGCGUGCUUCUGAUUUGCUGCAUAGUAUGGCUGCGUCCAAAGAUAUUCUUUUCUGGACCCCCAGCGGACAAUUACUUCGAAAUAAACGCACUAUUCCCGUCACAAACAUCGCUGAGCUAGUUGAGUAUGUGUUACUCCCUCAUAACAAUGAGGUUACCAAGCCUCGUGCGCUGAAUACAUUUCUAGAUGGACUUGCAGAGUUAGGAAUCGAUAAAGGUUUAAUCAAGAACAAAAAGUUGUUAAGUGAUUUAAUAGAAAAGGAAAAAGGCUACCAAAAUGUAGAAAAUACUUCUGAUAACGAGAGUAAUAAUGAGGAGAGUUCAUCGGAUAUUGAAAAUCAGGAGGAGGAGGAGGAAGUGGCUUCUGAGAAUGGCAUUGAAGCGGAAGACACCCAAGAGAGCGACAACGACACUGAAAACAACAGUCAGGAGAUAGAAAGUAGUAACCCUGAAACGUCCACCACCUUUCACUCCAAAAGUCCCUGUGAACACUGCGAAAACUCUAGUGUGUACGGGACAUUGAUCAUGAAAUGUCCUAAAUGCCUUUGGCACGAUUACUACAAGAUUUGUCCUAUAUGCGAUCACCAGAUUCCCGAGGGGAGACAUUACAUGAAAGAGGGCUUUCUUCGAUGUCACGAUUGCGGAGCAGUUACACACAAAAACGCGAAGACGUUGGAAACCAACUUCUAUUCCCCUUCUACAGAGGAGAAAGAAGAUGAAGAUUAAUUAAUUUCCAUUCCUGUGUAUUUGACUCUUUUUGUCAUUGUUUUUUAAUAAAUUUUUUUAAAACGAUACAUCUCUUGUCUUUUUAUUGCUAGCAAUUAUGAGUCGCGUGUUUUAAUUGAUCCUUGUUAAGUUAUUUGUUUGAUAAUAAUACGUCAAGGUUCUCUCUUGGGGUUUUUUCCUGUAGAGCUAAUUUGUAUUCAACUUUGGGCUUGUGAACUCGCAUAAUUAACUGAUUAACAGCGCGUGAAAAUGACAAGACUUUCAUUUCCUCGAGAUAGAAAGGAGAAAAUGUCAGACAAACUUGAAAUAAAGAGUUUUCAGCUCCAAUUUGUGUAUGUUUUGUUUAUAUAUAUCCGAGUUUUAGCGCUAAAUAAGAAGACGUAAACUAAAUUGAAAUAAAGACUUUUCAACUCCCUUUGUGUUUAUGUAUAUCUGAGUUUUAGCGCUAAAUAAGAUAUAGGAAGCCGUUUCUCGCGUUGCUAGGUGAUCGUUUCUCUUAUUCCUAUUUUUCUUUUAAUAGACGGUCCGAAACCGGGCUCAAGUUACUUACCGGGCAAGUCUAGGCAAGCCUAUUGUUCCUAUUGUAGUAGAGUGACGCUCAUUAGUAAACCUAAUCCAAAUUAGUAUGUAGGUUAUAACAAUGGGUGACGUCAUUGACUAGGCACCUAAUCCACCUAAUCCAUCGCAAGGCUUAUCUUUCCUGAAGCCCUACUACUAUGUACAUAAUACUAUGUACACUUAUACCCAGGUCAGAGAUGCCUUUUCGUAUUUUUACCCGAAACGUAAAGUUUUGGCUGAUGGAGUUAGCACCACUCCACUCGACAUUUAAAGUGUUCAAGUUUGUAAAAAAUGGAUUUUGUAAAUAAUUUUCGUUUUCUCAAGUUUGUAUUAUAUUACUAUCAAAAAUAGUUUUCAGAAAUAUUUACAUAAGAUUGCUUCUAAUUGUAAAUAGUAUGUUUGCGUAGCUUUUCACGGAUGUUUGUACAUAGCAAAUUAGUUUGUAAAUAAACAAAGUUGGCAGAAUUUAACCAUGGCUUGAUCUCUGUCUAGCAACGCGCGCGACCCACGCGCGAUCCCACGCGCAUCCUUGGGGAAAGCACAGCGCUAAAAAUGGCCCUCGAGGCCCGUGUGGCCCGAAUGGCCUGAUAUAUUUCGUGUUCUAAAUCAUUUUGUUCAGUUUUAGUUCAUCUUUCAUACCCUAAACAUGAAGAGGAAAUGUAAACAUUGUCCCAUUCCUGGUUGUGGAUCCAAAUUUUUAGUAAGAUUAGCAAAUCAUUUAAGUCAGGUUCACGAGUUAUCGGACAUAGAACGAAAAUAUUGGCUUCAAUUUGCAAAAUUACAAAAUACCAAUGCGAUUCGUGUGUAUGACAAGGAGGCUGAACCCAAAACAAUUUUUUUCUAUAAGUGAGAGUACGCACAAAUCAGUUAAUCAGUUGUGAUCAUGGACCCGAGAUGGAAACAUCCUUUCCCCGCGCUUGUGGCCGGCCCAACAUGUUGUGGGAAAAGUCAGUUUGUAAAACGUUUACUAGAAGCAGGAGAAGACAUGAUUGAUGGUGCCCCGGAAAAAAUCAUCUGGUGUUAUGGCAUGUAUCAACCAGCCUACGAUGAGAUGCUUAAAACUAUUCCGAACAUUAUGUUUGUGGAAGGAGUGCCUGGUGAUCUGGAAACCCUAAUUAAUCCCUCUAUUCGGAAUUUAGUCGUCAUUGAUGACUUAAUGCACGAGCUUAGCAAUGAUCAGCGAAUGACUAUUUGUUUACCAAGGGCUGUCACCAUCGCAAUCUCAGCGUGAUCUUUAUUCUUCAAAACAUGUUUCAUCGUGGAAAAGAACUGAGAGAUAUGAGUUUGAAUUCUCAUUACUUAGUGGUGUUCAAAAGCCCGCGUGAUAGCAGUCAAGUCAAUCAUUUAGCAAGACAAAUGUUUCCCGGUCAUGUCAAAUACAUGCAAGAAGCGUUUGAGGAUGCAACAAAAAGGCCCUAUGGUUAUUUAUUUUGUGAUCUUAAACCGGAAACACCUACCGACUUCCGGCUGCGUACGAAUAUUUUCCCCGGGGAGACUCAGUACGCUUACGUCAGAAAAGUAUAAAAAGCGUGAACCACAUCAAAUUUCUUCAGUUGAGGAUGGCACAGCGACUGAGAAAGAACCACGAUUUUCUGAAACUGCUUGUCAAGUGUACCCCAGCUCAGCGUAAAGCUAUUUUGAAGGUGGCAGACGACGCUUUAGUAAGAACCAUUUGCGAGUGUGUUUUAAACGUGCUUAAAGGAACAGUGCCUGUCAGUAAACCAGCCAAGAAAAAGCUUUUACCUCACAAGAAAUCUUUGAUCGCUUUAGCCGAAAAAAGUACACCACUCGAUAAGAAAAAGAAAUUGUUGGUACAACACGGAGGAAAUUUUUUAAGUGUUUUGUUACCUCCCGUUCUCCGUGUGUUAAGUUCGAUUCUUACAUAAAAUGAAUCACACAAAGCGUAUGGUUCUCGUGCCCGAGAACACCUUGGAAAGAUUACAGCAGCGCCAGCAGAUUUUAACCCCACCCGUCACACAAACUCUGAGAAACUUGGAUAGUGAAAUGACCGAUAUUUUAUCCAGUAAAGAACUUGAUGAUGAACAAAAAGCUAGGCUUUACAAUCAAGUGUUGCAGCGGUACUUGACUUAUUACGAUCAGCGAAAAGGUCAACCUCUUCAUGUGAAAAUAUCAACCCCCAAAGCAGUAGAAACACCUAAACCAGAAGAAAAUGAACAACCUUCGGAAGAACCUGUACCGGAAAAAUUUACUUCAUCAGCCGUAGAGGCAGAGGUCAUGAAAAGUGUACCCAAAAUUUACAAAGCCGGGGCUAGACAAUUGUUGGAUAAAAUUGAAGAGCAUCAAGAUGUAUUGCAUUGGAAUGAUAAAGGAGAGCUUUUGUAUGAAACCAAACCCAUUCCAGGUUCUCAUCUGGUGGACCUAGUCAACGACACAUUGCGCCGCCGCAAAGGAUGUGAACCAGUAGGAUGGUCGGUGUUUGCGAGGGGUCUGGCCCGAAUGAAUGUCCCGGAAAAUCUAGUGCGUAAUCCACAGAGGCAAAGUGCUGUUCGAGAAUUUAAAGCAAGGGUGAGAGACGAAACCCCUAACAGUCCUUCCCGUUGGCUACCUAGCCCACCUGUGACGGUAUCCCCCGUGAAAAAACAGCGGCGAAGAUAUGCGAGUCCACGCCCUGAGGCUGUGCGCUGGUUACGAUUAUAAAAUCACCACAAGAGACAUUAUUAUAUUGUAUUGUAUUGUAAAUCAUCUCUUUAUUUUGUUCACUCAAUAAAAGAUGUUGAAACGAAAUUACAAGGUGUUUAUUUAUUGAACUUUGUGCUGUACUUGUGCUCUUUGCUUGUUUACAUCAGUGCGAUAUUUCGGAAGACUUAUAGGAAAAUGUGUUUCAAUAAAUCGCUUGACAAGACUAUCAUUUUUACGUGUGUUAUUAGAAAAACGAUGCACAAUUGUACUCAUACUUAUUUGCCGACUACGAUAUAAAGCAAAAUACAAACAGUAAUGUCCGCAGACUUUGGAAUAGAUGCUCUGUAAUGUCACAGUAUUAAAAAUCCACUGGUUAGAAUUCUUGUUUAAAAAGGUAGUAAAUGUUCCUGAAUAUUUGCUGGGAGGUGCUCCGUAAGAAUCGAAAAAUUCUCCCUCUUGCUCCUUGGUGAAAUAAAACGCCACCCAAUGCGAACCUGGCUUGUCACUCGUAUCCACAUUGGCAAUGUAUAAGGCUGGGUAUUGCGAAACACUUGCAGGUAGCUUGUCUGAGGGAUACACGCCUUGAAACACACCUCGUGUAAAUUUAUCCUUUCUCAAAAUAAGGGUCAGUUGAAUGGUGUCCAUUUCUAGUUUGUGUAGUCGUAGAGAACGUUUCGGUUUGCGUCGACCUCAAUCACGUUUUGAAAUUGAGCGUAGACGAUAAGGUUAACCGUGUUGGCGAGUGCUUCCGAGAAAUGAAGCUCCAAGCGCAGGUUUCCUUGUUUUAUGAGCUCAAAAUGAUCUCCCGGGCAAUGAUCUGGGGUCAAAUCAAAUGCGAAUAAGGUGUAACCAGAGCCGUAAUCACUUCUAUUUAUCUGAUUGCCCGUAUCCUGGGAAAGCUUUCCAAUACCAGAGAAAAGACUUUGAUAGCCGGCUAUCACAUUUUGACCACCAGCGGCGUCAAACUUCAGGAACAAAGGUUUUCGGGGGAUUUGUUCUCCGUCCAGGUACACACCCACUUGAGUUAAAUUGUGGUGAUUGAAGUUGAAGGGGUUGGUACGGUAACUCCCAUUGUAAGCCUCUGUGUCCACUAAUCCCAAUACUAUGCGCUUGGGAAUUUGACCCAAAAAGAUGUUGUCAGGGUUAAAACUACUAAAUCCUCUUGGAAUAGAGAGUACUUUACAGUCGAUUCUGCGAAUGGGGUACUUGGCGCUGGCGUGUUUUAGCCCAGCUGCAUGGCCUAGGAUGAUAGAAGAGGCAACCUUGACUCUGCGUACAAACAAGAUGGCUUCUGUGAUAACCACUUUGAAAUUAGCUCCGGCUGCUGAGGACACAAGACAAAACACAUUCUUGGCUCGGUUUAGUUUGAUUCUUAAAUUAACUCCAUUGAGCAUCAACCGGUCUUGAAAGAAUAUAUCACUGUGAAUGGGUCCCAUCAUAUCCACCGUAUGACUCUCUUUCACAAACUCAUAACGAGCCUUUAAUCCAAGGUUUGCUUCAUCGUCUGCAGCCAAGGGGUUCACUACAUUCAUCUUUCCAGCAGUAUCUUUGUAAAACAUGGCCAUAGAAAGUUGACUUGUUUUAGCUUGUUCCCCGUAGUUCAGCAAAGACUCGAUCAUGGCACGAUAGGGGUAAGUAUUAGUGGAUGCAGAUAUAAGUCGCUCAUUCAAGGAAACGUCUACUUGUGAAAACAGAGAAUGUAAAAACAGGUUUACGGGACCCACUUGUGUAUCGGCAUCUAACGCGGUUCCGUUUGCUUUCGUAAUCUUAGCUUUCACAUAAAGUUGUGUACGCGCUAAAUCUAAAUAUUCUUCUCCGGUUCCAGAUACGUUAAAUUCAAUAGGACCAGUGUCCGUGAUGUUGCUGAGAGGGUGAUAUUCAAUCCAUUGCCUUUUGUGAAUAGAGGUUUGUGUAGCAGGAAUAGUAAAAAGAUCCAGCUCUGAUUUCGUACACUCGCGUGACUCGUGAUGCACAAAGGCCAUAGUUACUUCCAGAAAGAAUAUUUCUCUUCGGGCUUCUUUUGCUGCGGAGAUGUUUUUGCUUUCUUGCCUGGAGGCGAACUGAUUUUGGCUCCCUGCGCUUUCCUUUUUAUAGAUUUUUUGCCAGCUCCUGAUUGUCCCUGCAAUGCAUUCUGGGAGGGUAGACCGAGGGCUUGUUUCGUGCGCUUGUGGACUGCUGUUUUAAUGUUAUCUCCUUCAAGAACAUCUUGGGCGACAUUGACACCCGUUUGUAAAGCUUUUCUUCCAAUCACCUUAGCACCUUGUUGCAGGUGAGGCAUCGCCCAGCGGAACAGACCUUUAAAUAUCGAACCUAAGCCAUACCCUCGCUGAAAUCGAGCUCCAUGAAAUGCGGGUAAAUUCCCACCUUUUUGUUUGGCUUGAUCUACAUAGUACUGUUCGUAAAGCUUAUGAUUUGGGGCGUGGAGUUUUUUCAUUUUUUAAAAGUACUGAGGUUGACUCUGACGAAAAUGAAGUGUUAACAACACUCUUCCAAACUCAAAUGGCACAGAUUCCCCUGUGUCUCGCUUUAUAUUGACUUCGAUGGUUUCAAAUUGCUUUCUGCUGACAGUUACAUAUUGAGGGCGCAAAAACGAUUUACUAACUCGCUGGCCGUCCUCUCCUUCUACGGGAACAAUUCGAAGCAAAGGGACCAGUGCAUCGCCAACAUAUUGUGACUGAAUAAGAUCACAGUAAACGAAAAGAUCGUGAAAGCCGUAUUCCAAAUCCACUUGUCUGUCCCCCUUGGUGGUCUUUGAAAUAAUUUGUUCGGGGGUGAACCCCAGCAUAUAGGCCAUAUCAUUUAGCGAGACUUCUGCGUUGUUUUUCAAGUGAACUGUAACCUUUCUGCUGAGAUUAUCGUAUGAAAACCGUACAUCAUCUGUAUACCGAUUUUCAUUGUCCACUAACUCUUUCAUCUUUUGAAGGACAUCCUCGACGGAAGAAUAAUGACCCGGAAGCAUCUCCAGGGAAUCCCAAACACCGUGGAGUUUUUCAUUUCGAACGUAAAAUCGAAACUGUUGAAUAUUAUUCCAACUAUGCGGAUAAUGGAUCUCGGUCAAAGCCACUUCCCAUUCGCCUGUGAGGUUUAGGGUUUGUGGUAAACUAACUCGGUAUUCUGUUAAUGUGUUAUGAGGAAAUUUAUCAAGACUGCUAUUGCUAGGGAGAUGCAGAUAAAACUGUGUUACCUCCAUCGUACCCUGUGUUGAAAUGAACUUUUUAAUCUGGGUAUUCUUACUUUAUUAGAAACCGCACACCAUUCAUUUUAUUAUUUCCUUUUCUUUUAUUCACUACACAAAAAACGCAUAAAUUACAACUUCAAAAUAUCACUUUCUUGAACCCAGGAAUCAAAUUUUGGGUCUUCGUAUCCUUUCCAUCUCACAAGAUACUCUACUACGCCUUUACGCUUUCUCUUCCGCAAAAUCUUUUCGACGCGGUACACAUCAUCGUCCUUAAUAAUUUUCUGCAGUUCAGGCUCAUAAAAUGUUCCAUCUAAGAUUUCACCUGCAUCAUCUUUUAAUUUAUAAACGGGUACUUGACGAGUCAUUCGCUUGUAAACAGUAAAAAUUUCUUCCGUAAAAUUAGGUAAGUAUGAUUUUUCAAACAUUCUCUUUACUUUGCUAAUCCUGACGCGAUCUCCCACUUGAAAUUUAAAUCGCACAGGCUUUUGAACAUCAUCCCCAUACAAAGUAUCCCACACUUGAGCUUCAUUCGUUUUAGUCACCUGACUCGGUUUCAUUUUAAUACUUCGGUGGUAGGUGUUAUUGUAAGAAGAUACUAACUGGGGUAAUACAUUGAUAUAGGUGAGAGUGUUUUUGGCCGUGAAAUAUUUGUACAUCUUAUUCUUAAAUGUUCGGUUAAAACGCUCAACCACUGAGGCUUUGAGCCCAGAGUUAACAGUAAAAAAGUCAAUGUUGUUGUCACGCAGAAAUUUCUGGAACGCACGAUUUAGGAACUCUGUUCCCUGAUCCGUCUGCAGUUUGGUAGGUUUUCGACCAGUAGAAAAGAUCUUUUGAAAGGCUUUGACCAGUUCUUGACCUUGUUUUGUCUUCAAAGGUAACACAAAAGCGUACUUGCUGAAGAUAUCUAUACAAGUCAGUAAGUAUUUAUAACCCUUGUUGUAGCGACUGAGAUUUUGAAGAUCGACCAAAUCCGCUUGAAAUUGGGCAUCUAUUCCAGGAACGAUGACUCGGCUUCUCUUGUAACGUCUUCGCGCGGGCUUGUGAAGAGUAUAAACAUCUUGCUGACUCAACCAUUCUCGGACUUGUUUACGCGAUAUCUUGUUCUUUCCUUUCUCUUUAACUGCUCUGUAAACAGCAUCUAAACCACCGAAACUUGCGGGUUGACUUGGGUCGAGAUAAAUGCUGGUCAGUGUUUUCUCCAUCACAGAACUCGGAAUUUUGUACGACCACUCUACCACCACAGCAGGCUAAUACGCAACGAAUGCGGCUAAAGAUGUGUUCAAAUCCAAAACUGGACGAAGGAGGACAGCAACCCAUCGCUGAUGAUCGCUAUGAAAGUUCAAGCCCGAAUGAUUUCUUUCCUCUUGGUGUUUACUUAUAUAGCUACUCUCGAAUCUGGGUGAGAGUGGGCACGAGAAAAUUAAAUAAUAGUUCCCAUUCCUCCUCGGUUAAUUCUAGCUGAUCCGCGAAGUUCAAAAAUACCACCAAUCGUCCCCAGUUUACUUUUGAAAAGACCUCAGAGUGGAGUUUUUUCAACUUUUCUAGACUCGAGCCCGGCAUAUCUUUAACUUUUUGUUGAAGCAUUUCCAUUUCACUUGAAGACACUUUCAACGUUUUGGCUUGUGCGUGAUACAGAGAAAAGUCGACUCGAAGCAAAGACAGAGAAAGCCCCAUCUUGACAAAGACAGAGACAAACACACACUGACUCACAAUUUAGAUAUAAACAAAUUUUAUUACUUUUAGAAACAAAGCUUAUUUUGAAUGUCAUUAAUUAUCAAGUCAAGGUCCAUUGGUUGUUCAUCUUUCCUCACAACUCUCUCAGGGCAUUGCACUUCAACUUGGCUGUCAAUAUCCACAGCACUGGGAUCUUUGUACUUCAGUCCACAGGGUCCGUAGUAAAUAGCAUACAGAAUUCGAUCUUCUAACUCACCGUAAUCUUCGAGUUCCAAGGACGUGAGAUAGAUGUUAGUCCAAGGCAGCUUUGGUAAUUCGGUCACGUACGCUUCCCACGUUUUGCCAAGUUUGAAACCAAGAGCACUGCACACACUUUCAGCCGUUUUUAAGAUAACAUUGAGGUCAACUUGUUCCAUCACUUCAUCAUGGUAAUACAUCCAUGCGUCAUCAUUAUCCAUCACCAGGCAAGAAUGUUGGUUUUGACUUGGGUGUUGAAUAGCACAACCGUGGCAGCGAUUCAGCUUUUGUUCUUGGAUGAGUUUGUCAACCGUAGCCGCAUAAGUCAGUUGGAACACAUGACCGAUAAGGCUAGCUACCCAUUGACGUUGGACUUUUUCCACUUCAUCUACUGUCAGAAGCGGUGUAGCGCUCGAUUCGACUUGCAUGUUUGGAGUAAUAUUGGUGAUAAUAAGACUUUUUCCUUAGCAAAGCGAUUGCAAGAAUAAAAUGCUGACGGGAAAGCGCGCUUUUAUGUUGAACACAUAAUAGAUUCUACAUGAGCCAAUCAGGGUUAAAAGAGCCCGGGCAAGUCUAGGCAAGCCUAUUGUUCCUAUUGUAGUAGAGUGACGCUCAUUAGUAAACCUAUCCACUUCAUUAUAUAUGAAGGAAGGCACUUAAUUAGUAUGUAGGUUAUAACAAUGGGUGACGUCAUUGACUAGGCACCUAAUCCACCUAAUCCAUAGGCACCUAAUCCACCUAAUCCAUCGCAAGGCUUAUCUUUGCUGAAGCCCUACUACUUAUGGAUCCCUGGAAAAACUCUUUCCCUAUAAAUUAUCUUCUUGACCCUAUCAAAUUCAGUUGAUAUUAGAUAACCUAUAUUGCAGUUGUACUGGUUAUAAACAGAUGUGAUUGGCUCCAAAGAGGGUCUGAAUGGGGGGUCCAUUUCUCGGUUGUCGGUUAAAAUUCAGUUACUUUGUCGGUAGUCGGUUAAAAUUUUCGAUCUUUGUCGGUAGUCGGUUAAACUUCUUGAUUUUUGUUGGUUGUCCGAAAGUCUCAGUUAAUAAGUAAAAACGCUUGUUAAUUAUUAUAUUUUUAUGCAUUUCACCAAGUUUCAAGACUUUCAUCCCAAGGGAAAGAGUAAAACUUGUAAGAAUGCAUCAUUUGAUUGCCACUUAAACUUCAUUAACUCUUGUUUGUUUAUGCAACAUGAUCAUCAGGAGCCGAUCGGCUCCUGUGGUCGUUUAUUUCACCAUUGUUUGCCAAAUGAAUAUCAUGCGUACUGAUAAGAUCACCAAACCUUUUACUGUAAAUGCGAACUUGGUUUCCCUGUCGAUUACACGGCACAGUAAAAAGUAAUUAAUUAAUUAAUGGACACCAGCCUUUUGGAUACCUAAAUUAUCAGCUUAGUGGAAAACUGCAAGGGGUGACGGGCUGCACAUCUAUCCUUUGCCAUAAGUUUCCUUCCUCAAAGAAAUAACACUUUAACCCUCGGACAUACAAGGAGUGGGGGGUGGAUGCCACCCCCUUUUCUGGGAUUUUUCCAAGAGGAUAACACUUCAGCACCUGAGGUUUUCAGUAGAUGUUCGUUUAUCCCUCGCACGCAUUUUGAGAAAAGUUCAGUGAUGAUCAGUUUCUAUGGUUACGAGGUAUGACGUAAUAAGUAGCAGGUUGUCAAGCCAUUUUGAGUGAAAAUAUAUGUUUUUUCCAACUUUUUUCAACAAUAAAAGAAAAAUCUUGUAGCUAAAAUCAUGCAAAGUGCUUAUUUAUGUGUUAUUAUUCAUGUCAAGCAAUAAACAUUUCUCUGUUUUAACCUGUUUUGUAAUUCUUUGUAAUAUCCAAGAUGGCGGCAAAGAUGGCGACCAUCAUUGGUGACGCAACAGGCCUCCAGCAGUGCCACCAUUCAUAAAAUAUACCUCAUCUUGUUAAGAAGAUCAAAGGCUUUUCAGUGAAGGCAAAAUCGCUUCGAAAUACUGCAACAUAUCAAAAACUCUGGGGAGGGGUUCCAUCUACCAUCCUCUUGUACCAUGGUGGGGGUUACGAUUUUGCGUGUACGUCUGAGGGUUAAGUUGGCAAGGUAGUGGUUGGUUUUGUAUGAGAUUACACUUUUACAUUAAAGUUUCUUUUAUAAUAGACACUAAGGGCUUGUAUUGUGUCACAAAAGGCAAUAUUUCUUUUUCUUCCUUGUUGUUUUGUUUCAGGAGCGCUGCUUUUCUCCUGUGAGUUUUACUUCUAAUAGCAAUUUUUAUUUCAAAAUUAUGUAGCCAGCCUCUGUCCAUCAACCGCUUUUUGAAAUCUGAAAUACUUCCUCAGAGGAGUUUGUUCGUAGGAUACUCAAGGCCAAAUCCAUUGGUCAAAUCCAUUUUAACAUUCGGUGGGUGGUAAGAGGUGAAAAUGUAUAUACGUCUUAACGUCAAUGAUAGCUUUUUCUCAUUUUUCGUUGAAUGUUGUGCCUUGGUAUACAACGGGGUCUAAAAAGAUUGUCUCAGUGUGACAUAUUUCAGGCGUAAAUUUCAUAGCCAGUAGAGCAGUAGGGGGAAGUAAGUUUACUUGUUCCGUGAAUUUGAAGAAAUCUACCAUGUCUGGUUUACUUAUGUCCCAUAGGGAAAAAAAUAUCAUCUAUGUAGCAUUUUCAAACAGUUGGUUUAAAGACGGUUUUGCUUAAACUUUGUGUUUCAAUAUCUGCGGCCAUGAAAAUGUUGGAAAGGAAACUGCUGUAUGUGCUCAUUGCGGUACUGUGGUUUCUUACUGAUAGCGCUUUCCAUAAUUAAACUGGAAAUAAUUUUCUUUCAGGAUUAAUCUAAACAUUUCUCGGACCGAAUCAAGAAAUGUUCAGUUUUUUCAGCUUUGUCUUUUCAAUAAAAUAUAUUAAGUCGGUAGCAUCUUUAAGGACUGUGGCUUCUGUGAUUAUGAUAUUGGUUGUAGUAAUGUAGCCGUAUCAGCAAAAGAGUAAGUUCUUUCUGUUAGACCAUCUGAUGAGUCAUAAAUUUAAAGAGGUUACUUCCUAACGGCUGGAAAAAAAUGCAAAAUGCUCUUUUUUUUCUGAAACAAAUAUUGAUAAUGUCAGCCCAUGUCGGUAGUCGCUUAAUAUUUUUCCUGUCGGUAGUCGGUAAUUUUUUACUCGUUUUGUCGGUAGUCAGUAAUAUUUUUAGCCCUUUGUCGCUAGUCGGUUAACCCCAUUCACACCCUCUCCAAAGCAUUGUGUUUCUUUCACCCACAAAUAUUAAAAUUAUAUAAAGUGGUUAUACUCAAUAACCUUUCCAAGUAUGUGCAUGAAGUUAACAAUACAUACAUUAAAUGCAGCUGCAGUUUCCAGUGGCAGGACACCUCGCCUGGGGGGCUGUGAUGGUAUAUCUGCAAAUAUAAUUAAAUGGAUGGAAGCCUUUCCUAUGACCAGCACUACAGCAAAUGCUACCAUAGAGGUUUUAAGAGCUCUGUUUGCUCGAUAUGGAUUGCCACAUGAAUUGGUCAGCAGUGAUAAUGGUCCACAAUUUGUUGCUGGAGAGUUCAAGUCAUUUUUAAAGAUGAAUUGCAUCAAGCACAUAUGUAUACAAUUUAUGUCCCUCAUGUCAUCCCUCCACUAAUGGUUUAGCUGAGAGACAUGUGCAGACCUUCAAGGCCAUGUAUCAGUCUUGUACUGAUAAGGGGUCAGUUCAGCACAGGGUGUCUAAUGUUCUCUUCCGCUACAGAAACACACCCGGCACACCACAACAGAGAAGACUUCUGCACACUGUUUUUGAAGAGAGAACCCAGGACACACCUCUCCUUGGUGAAACCCAGUUUACAAAGGCAUGUAGAAAAGAAACGAGUUGCUUCAAAAUUAUACAGGGAUGGGCUGUAACCAGUUAGAGUAAAAUACACCAGGGGAGUCAAGGAGAAGUGGAUAUCGGGUACAAUUAUGGCUGUGAAGGGUCCAAAAACCUAUACCUAGUUCGAGUUCCGGGUAAUGAUCGUUGCUGUGUGCAUGCUAAUCACUUGAUACCUGAUGAUGCCAGAGGCAUGAGUGCCCAUAAGGAAAUCGUCACACCAGAAAUGGUAGAGCAUAAUCCACCCGUACAUUUUCAGAGGGAACCUGUCGUUCCCAAAACAAGGUUAGGAAUUCAGUCUGUAGUAGACAAUGAGAUUUCUCCUAAGUCUAGUGUUAUUGCUGUACCUGUUGUUGAUGAUCAUAGUAACGUAGAGAUCGGUAACAACUCUGGACUUCGCAGUCCAGACCAAGUCAGGUUACCAAACCUGCCAUGCCUAGUCACUCUGAGUCCAGACCAUGUCAAGUGUUUACGCAUUCAGGACGGGUGGUCAAUUGUCUAGGCAAAUUAGAUUUAUAGUUUUUCUUUGUAAGUUGCGUUGAUUGUUAUGAAAACUGUAUAAGGAGGAGGAAAUGUGGUAUUUUGGGUAGUGUUAAUGCCCGGGUGUUAAUGAUAUAUGAAAUAAAUCAUAUAUGAACUGCGGAAAUGAAAUGAAAAUGAAGAAAUGAUCGUCGCAGUGAACCCAAUUUCUGAGCAAUUUAUGCAAUUGCGUAAAGAAACCUGAAAAAAAUUCAGGACUUCAACGGGGUUUGAACCCGUGACCUCGUGAUUACCGGUGCGAUGCUCUACCAACUGAGCUGUGAAGCCACUGACGUUGGGAGCAGGUCAAUUGUGGGUGCAAUUCAUAUGUUCCCGUGAAAGAAAUGAGUGUUAAUGAUAUAUGAAAUAAAUCAUAUAUGAACUGCGGAAAUGAAAUGAAAAUGAAGAAAUGAUCGUCGCAGUGAACGCAAUUUAUGCAAUUGCGUAAAGAAGCCUGAAAAAAAAUAUACUGAAUUUUUUCGGGCUUCUUUACGCAAUUGCAUAAAUUGCGUUCACUGCGACGAUCAUUUCUUCAUUUUUCAAUUUGGGUAGUAUUGGUCACGUGAUGUAAGAUAACGUAAGAAGGUGAAAUAAACAGUUGCCAGAUAUGUUCUUGGUAUUCGCACGUGUCUUUGUUUGUUCCUCAUUGUUCGCUUCUAAAACCCUUCAGAAUACAAAACCUUACAUUCCCUAUAAAUAAAUAACAAAUACAUAAAAGACCUUAUUUAACUGCAGCUAGCAGUUUUAAGCCCAACAAAACUAACAGGGGACGUAUGAAAUGUUAGACGGUUUGCUUAAGCAUGGAGAGUUGGCUGUAUGUUCGACGCGUUCUUAUUUGCACGCGAAAAAUUAUUAAACGAAUAACUAAUGAAACAAAACGUGAAACCAAAUAAAGUACAUGAUGAACAAAUUCUUAAGUGGCAAAGUUACGACAAAAAAUGUUUAAGCGAUAAGAAUCAGGUACCUUUAUAUAUGAAAAGAAUGAUUUCUUUGUGAACUGCUAUGGAAAUAAAUUUGUCGAUGUUUACCAUAUAUAAAUGACAGGGCCAGUAUCAAUUUUUACUAUGAAGCAGCUGCAAAUUUUGAGAUUCUUAAAGGGCACAUCAUAAAUUGUAACUGUAGAGGAAACAAAGAAGAAAUUCUCAUCGAUACUCGACAAAUCGUCCAUUAAACCGGACACGCAUUAAAGUUUUGCGCUGAGAGUGAAUAUUCGUUUAAAUGUGUUCCGUUUAGCGCAAGCACAUGUGUCGCCGACAAAGGCGGGAAAAGUUUCUCACAUCUCCUGCUUUCACCAUUGAAAACUUCCAAAAUAUAUUGAAUUGAAGUUAAAGCAUAAUUGAAGAUUAUUUUAUUUUCACUCUUUGGUAUAUUGUUUGGUAUUUAAUAAGAUAGAGCCACAUGUCACAAUUACUCUAGUAAUGUGUAACAGGGGUUUGAAGUCGAUCAUAAUUUAACAAAAUGCCUGUUAAUUCGAAGAAAAAAUGUUUUGAAACCAUGUAGAGGUACGCAGUGUUUUUUGUUCGGCGGCUGCGAGAAAAAAAACUUGCUAUCAGACAGUAGGAAAAGUUGCAUCUCAGCAGGUUUAAAACGCAAAAUUUCUAGGCUCGCUUUCAAGCUCUUUCUGGGAGAUGGGGAAAGGGCUCUGCACUUUCAAAAUAUUCUCCAGUUACUUUACACUCUUCUCCCCAGCUGCUACUGCAAUUCUUAAUGAAACCCCUGAUUUUAUGAAAAGGCGGAAGACAAAGAAUUGACAUGAAUGUUUGGACUUCAGACUUCAGUAGGCUGUUUUUUUUUCCGACUUGUCUCACUUGUCUCACGCGCUUAAAACAUGGUUCAAGUUAUCAAGGGUAAAAUUUUAUAGAGAUGAUCUGAGGAGACAAAAGUUACUCCUAGUUAGCAAGAGGUUUGAGUUAUUGAGGGUUUGAUUUACGGAGGGUAAAAUUGCAGUAAAUGUGUGAAGGAAAUCAACUUUGGUUCUAGUUAGCGCGAGGUUCGAGUCAGCGCGAGGUUCAAGUUAGCUAAUAUAGGGUUCAAGUUAUUGGGAGUCAACUGUGCAGAUUAAAAAAUUAGGAGGUCUUCGUUUUAGGGUCUGCGUCUUCGGGGGUCUCCCCAAUUUUUCUUGGGUCUUCGUUUUUGGGUCUGUGUUUUGGAACUUAGGUCUUCGUUUUCGGGGGUCUUCGCUUUUGAACCAACCAUUUAACAAUUAUUCUUUGAAAUCGAGGUGAAUAGUGGCAAAAUAUUUACCGAGACGCGAAAGCAGCGAAGUAAAUAUUCCCAAAGCCACUAUUCACCGAGAUUGAAAAGAAUAAUUGUUUUAGUAUAUACACACGAAGUGAUCUCAACAAAAUCAGAGAGGAAACCAUUCAAAAGUACGAUUUGAUUGACAGAUCAGUUCACGCGUAAGUUUAAAAAUAGAUCUUUGCAGAAAUUUCAAACAUGGCAAUUCACAAGUUUAUCAUUUCGCAAACAACAGCGUAAUGGCUUAAAUGGAACCGCUAAAAGUUUGAACUGUUUCCUUACCUGGGAAGAAAAGUAGAGCUGUGUUGUUUUCUGUUGACUCGCCAAGUGUUUAGCCAAAAGGGUUUGUUGUGUCGUUCUUCGCAUGAAGUGCUGACAAAAAUGGCGGCUCAGUUGCUCGAGGUAAGACGUCGCCUUUCUGUAUCAUUCUUUUUCCUGUUUACUUGAAACGUAGAAUUUCUGCAAACAUUUCCUUUUAAAUUUGUUUGUCAUAAAUAAACUUCGAUUUUUGAGCCAAAAUUUUCUUCUUAGAAAACGCUGAGUUCACGCAACGGCUUCUUCUACGCGAAUACACGGGAGUUGUAAACAAUCCAUCGAGCACAAAACUCCUGCUACAGUAAAUUGAAAAACGCCGUAUUGAAUCCUUCCAAGUCUUUUCUUGCCUUAAAAAAAGUCAGCCCUAGGAUUCUGUCGACUUUUAAAAGAUCGUUCUCUAAAAAAUGGGAAAAACACUGAGCUCACACAUUAUCCACUCGCUAGGAGGUGAAUAUUGUUGAUUAUUAAAAACUGAAUCAUUGGAUAAUGCAGUUCUAGCAUUUUGAUUGGCUUAGCCGUUAUGGUAUAUGAGCUAAUAUACCAUGUUCUCCAUAUAUGGUCGGUGUACGCGUCAGUUUAAAAUUGGAAGCUAGCUGAGAUUUUUUUUUGCGAAGGAUAGAACGGCGCCCGAAGCAAAUCGUUUUAAUUCAUUUCUUAGAAUACUAGAAAUGCAAUUUCAACGAAAGAAAAAAGACAAAAACAAACAAAAAAGCCACAAGAGCUUGUUUGAAAGUUUGUCGAAAAACACAUGAAAACACAUGGAACUAAAGUACCUUGACCAGCUACGAAAGAAGACAAGUGUUGUUUCUUCAUGAUCGCGAAGCCAUUUGCCGAUCGAGUCACUCGCCGAUAGAUAACUGCAGCUUGUUUAUCCGACAUCAAGAAUACAAAUCACAAGAAACCAGCAACAAAUACAGGCUAUGCAGCCAUUCACUAGAGCAAUCGAGGCGGCAGUAUAGCUUCUUUUCUCGUUCAGCAAAACCAGCUUGUGGCUUCAAACAACUUCAUAACAAGCGACCGAGGCAAUACCGGUAGUUUUUCUCCGUUGUUCUUACUUUGAUAACUGCCCCGAAAAUCCAAAUUCAUAGUAAUUUCGACGGCUGUCACCUAAAAAUUCCUUUCCUUCACAUUAUCUGCCAGGUUUUUUAAGCUGUUCUGCUGUGUAAAAUCCUAGAAUCACGAUGAGUUUUUAAAAAACUAAUGUUCAUCGCUACAAUGUUUUGAUUUUUCAUUCAUGCAGUCCAGGCGAGUCCGUUCGCGCGUUGACAGUUUUGAUAGACGUGUGACAUGUGAAUAGCGGAAGUCCCUUGUCUUUUCCGGUUUGUUCUAGUCGGGGCGAUUCAACGAGAUUUUGUGGGCGUUUUUAAUAAAACAAUUAUUCCACUCGGGCUUGUUGGAUAUGAAAUGAUUAUAGCCAACUCGGCGCUAUGCGCCUCGUUGGCUAUCUAUCAUCUCAUAUCCAACGCGCCCUCGUGGAAUAAUUGUUAAAUAGUCCGAGAUAGCGAACCAAUCAGAUUGCUUAAAUCACCAAGAUCACUGAGUGUGUAUAUACUAAUAAUCCAUAUCCAUUUGAUACAUUGAAAGACUUAUUGGCAUAGUGGUUUCAACUGGUCAGUCAAUCAGUCAAUAAUUAACAAUUAUUCUUUGAAAUCGAGGUGAAUAGUGGCAAAAUAUUUACCGAGCCGCGAAAGCGGCGAGGUAAAUAUUCCCAAAGCCACUAUUCACCGAGAUUGAGAAGAAUAAUUGUUUUAGUAUAUACACACGAAGUGAUCUCAACAAAAUCAGAAAGGAAACCAUUCAAAAGUAGGAUUUGAUUGACAGAUCAAAUCACGCGUAAGUUUAAAAAUAGAUCUUUGCAGAAUUUUCAAACAUGGCAAUUCACAAGUUUACUCAUUUCGCAAACAACAGCGUAAUGGCUUCAAUGGAAUCGCUAAAAGUUUGAACUGUUUCCUUACCUGAGAAAAAAAGUAGAGCUGUGUUGUUUUCUGUUGACUCGCCAAGUUUAUAGCCAAAAGGGCAUGUUGUGUCGUUCUUCGCAUGAAGUGCUGACAAAAAUGGCGGCUCGGUUGCUCGAGGUAAGAGGUCGUCUUCCUGUAUCAUUCUUUUUCCUGUUUACUUGAAAUGUAGAAUUUCUGCAAACAUUUCCUUUUAAAUUUGUUUGUCAUAAAUAAACUUCGAUUUUUGAGCCAAAAUUUUCUUCUUAGAAAACGCUGAGUUCACGAAACGGCUUCUUCUACGCGAAUACACGGCAGUUGUAAACAAUCCAUCGAGCACAAAACUCCUGCUACAGUAAAUUGAAAAACGCCGUAUUGAAUCCUUCCAAGUCUUUUCUUGCCUUAAAAAAAGUCAGCCCUAGGAUUUUGUCGACUUUUAAAAGAUCGUUCUCUAAAAAAAACGGGAAAAACACCGAGCUCACACAUUAUCCACUCGCUAGGAGGUGAAUAUUGUUGAAUAGUCCGAGAUAGCGAACCAAUCAGAUUGCUUAAAUCACCAAGAUCACUGAGUGUGUAUAUACUAAUUAAUAUUAUUUGUCAAUCAAUGAUAGCUUUAACGGUACAUAUCACUUUAAAACGUCCUUCUUAGGUGAGCUGUUGCCAUAAAAAAAAAUUCCAAGAAAAAUUCUAUGAUUAAAAUAAUUUAUUUCGUAAAGCUAUAUUGCUACAGUAAUUAUGGGCGCUUUCCAUUCGACCCAAAAGUCCGGAAAUUUCGGUUGGUUCAUCAAAUGGAACAGACCACUUCGGUUUGGUCCGACCGGAAUAUUCAGGACCAGCUUUGAAGGUGGUCCACUGUGACCGGUCUGGUCAUUUCGGUCGGCCGGACCUAAAUGUCCCUUUCCAUUUGCCAAAAUUGUUGUCCCCAGUACCGCUCUUUUCUAUCCCGCUUACAACAACAAGUAGUUUCCAGUGGAAAGUCAAGUGCUGUGAGGAAAGCCAUGACAUCUCAAAUAGUUUGAAUCAGUUGCAAUUUAUUUCAAUUUUUGAUAUUUGCCAUUAACAGUGUCAAAUAACUGACGCAACACGACACGUAGGUGAAAAAAUACAAUUGUAUAAAAGUCCGUGAGAAUCAGCGUAUUAUUUGUCUGAAACCUGUCGACGAUAUUUAACUAAAGCAAUUUAUCAAUUAAGCUGAAAUGAAUACAACAAAGCCUGGCUGAAUACAAAUUGGCCAAACACCGAAUUUAUUUACUGUACACUUCCAGGAAUUGCUUCGAAUCGUUCGAAUAUUCUGAGAAACGUAUCGCUUCAAUUCACAAGAAUUUUUUACCUUCACUUGCAUUCAUCGGCUUUCUACAAGAAAUAGGAUUCCCCCGCCUUUAGUUUUCCACCGCCUCUUUUCGACAGUCGAGUGUUCUUUAGGAUAUAAACAGUAUUUACUGUUCACUUUUAGAGCGUAACUAUGAGUGUGCUGCGAAGCCUUAAUAACAAAACGCGCGGUGGCUUGGGUCGGGUCUGUACUGCAACCGGAAUGUACCGUUCCAUUGAGCACGUGAAUUUUGCGAAAUUUCAAACCUGAAUUUUUGGUGAAUGGAAAGCGCCCUAUGUGCUUUGAACUCUGAAUCAAGAGUUCCUUUGAGUCCUGUUAGAGACAUUGUGUUGUGUUCCUGGCGUGGCCAAGACACCUUACUUUCACUGUACUUUUAUGGAUUACUCUAACCAGGUAUGGGAAUGGUUACCCUGCCAUAGACUGGCAUCUGGUCCCAACAAGAAGUUGACAUAUCCCUUGUCACUUCUAAUGCUACAGUGUAUAAUGGAGUGACAAGGCUGAGCCUGCAUGGCUACUUGUUUUUGGCUUGAGUGCAAGCUUAUAACCUUUGUUCUACAUGUACAUGUGCCUACUAGCUUUACGUCAGUGAUUACUAUAAAUUUACUCACGUCAUCACAUCGCUGACUUAUUUAUCAUUCAUUAUUUUAAUCUCAUUGAAAUAUGUUUUCUGUCCUGUUCAGUUUCUCCGAGUUUCAGCGGUUUCAAUCCUGACCAAGUUGUGGUAGAAAGUGACCCUGGUACGAUCUCGUUAAACUGUUCUGCAAUUGGUAACCCAGCACCAACCGUCACCUGGAUAAGAAGAGUGUUUAAUAAUGGAAGUGAGAGUGAUGUGCUGUUUACUGGAAACCCGUAUGUGAUCAACAGCAACAGAAACAAUGCUGGAACAUAUCGCUGUAAAGCUGACAAUGGAAUUGGUGCCAUUAAUCAGACAAUCCGUGUGACUGUUAACUGUAAGUACAGUGCAUUUCCCAGUUUUAGUGGUUGGAUGUUGUUGUUUCUGAACAAGCAAAAUAAUGUAUAGAUUUAUUAGCCAGGGCUAAAAGUUUCGCUCCAGUUAUUUAAUUUAUAAUUUCAAACAGUAAACUUGUAAUCCACUUUGCUGGAAAUCCAUAUGACUUUUAGGGGUGGGGCUGGGUGAUUUUAGGGAAAAAAUAAUUUGCAAACAGUGCAAGAAUAAAACAACAUCUAAAAUCUUACACCCAAUAAAUAGCAAUCACAUUGGACCACAGUAGAUUAGGCGUGUAAAACAAAAUUCUCCCAAGCAAAAUGACUUGUUUGCCCACACCACCUUUAUUUUAUAAGGUUAAGUGAAAAGUCCCGAAAUAUGAUUUUAUGCUAUAAAGGCCCUUAAAAUGGCCCCUGUAAAUGGUAAGAAAAUAAAUAAAUAAAUAAAUAAUGUGCAUUUGUACUGCAUCUACAGUGUACAUGAUCCACCAACAAACAAACACCACAAGCGUUUAAUAUCAUCAUGCUAGAAAAACUGGUUAAAGACGGGCCAACGAAAAUGCUACAAAUUGGUGCCGCUUAAUAUAAGACUAUUGCUCUGGUCAUUAGCUGGUAAAAUGCAUUUAACUGUAUUUAAUAUUUUGUCAUGUAUUCAUCUCUAUUUCCUUUUUGAUAUAGAGAGAUCUGUGAUACAGGCUCUGACCAAUAUCACAGUAACAGAGGGCAAAAACAGUACUUUGACUUUUCAUGUUAGUGGUACACCUAUGCCAUCUGUAUCCUGGAAAGAAGUUAGAACAGGUGACAGUACAGAAGGGAGCAUCCGUUCACUUAUUAAUGUCAGUAGAAGUGAUGCUGGAGAAUACAAGUGUGAAGCAAGCAACUUUUGUGGAAAUGACUCCAAAAGCACAUUUGUGAUUGUUAACUGUAAGUGAAGUCAUACUAUGAAUAGUAAUUAAAAGUAUACAUGUAUAAUCCUAAAUGGUAUUUUAUGUUCAGCAGCUGCUUGUACUGCACUAGUUUACCCAUCAUAUUUCCAUUUAGACUACGGUAAGAAAAGAAAGUCUCUAGAAUGUUGUAGUAUACAAGGAAUAUGUUUUCCACGUCAGUUAUGAUCAGUAAAAUGUUAAUUUUCACCUUAUUGUGUAUUAUUUAUUAACAUUUACUUUUUUCACACAAUGUUUAAAGGGUGUUCUUGUUUCUCCGUUAUCUCUUUUCAGUUAAACCAGAGAAUCUGCAGUUAACAACGAAUGUCACUUCUAAUAAAGCAUGUCUGAAUGAUGUUCUGUUCUUCAACUGCUCUGCUGCUACUGCAAGCCCAGCAGUAGCAUUAUAUCAGUUUUUUGAGAAUGAUGUUCUGUUUGGUAGUAGCAGCUCAGGAAUGUUCAGCAAAAUGGUGAUGAACAGUGGUAAUUUAAGAUACAAAUGUGUAGGAAACAAUACUGGAGGAGCAACAAGUAGCCAACACGUUACAAUUACUGUUAAUGGUGAGGCCAAUAAUGAUUAUACAAAAAAAUAGGAUGUGUUCAGUUCUGUUUUCUCUCCUGUUUGCUUGUUUUUGUCAGUUCCCUUCUUGUUGUAAAGUGUAUCACUUUCUUGUAGGGGUCAAUUUACUAAAACUUUUACAAGUGUAGCCAUUGUUUUAGAGUCUGAAAACAAUAGCUACACUUGUAAAUUAAAGUUUUAUUAAAUUGACCCCAGGUGUCUAACGGGCAAGUAGAGUAGCGUGUGCUGAUGAAACUGGAGAUAUCUAAAACCUAUGAGAGAGAGAGAGAGAGAGAGAGAGAGAGAGAGAGAGAGAGAGAGAGAGAGAGAGAGAGAGAGAGAGAGAGAGAGAGAGAGAGAGAGAGAGAGAGAGAGAGGCAGAUUCAUGUGCGUAUUUGCUACGAUCGAUAGGUAUUUGCUACGGUAGCAAAUACUCACUAGUAGGUAUCUGCUACCUUAGUGAGUAUUUGCUACGGUAGCAAAUACUCACUGGUAGGUAUUUGCUACCUAAGUGAGUAUUUGCUACGGUAGCAAAUACUCACUGGUAGGUAUUUGCUACUCGAGGUAGGUAUUUGCUACGGUAGCAAAUACUUACAGGUAGGUAUUUGCUACGUAAGUGAGUAUUUGCUACCGUAGCAAAUACGUACGGAAGGUUUUUGCGUCAAAACUAAGGACUUUGCAGCUAGUAAGAGGUACUUUAGUCCCGCUGCACGACUUCAUAUUAAUAGCCAGCGUUGCAAACUAUUUUAAAGUAAAUACAUAAUUAAAGGCCCAAGUAGGGCCAAAACAUGGUUCAGCAUAGAGAUCAUGGUUUAUGUGGAAACAACGCUUGGCCGGUGAAAUUAUUUUUGAAAGCUGUUUUAAAGAGGCAACCCGUGUAAAAUAAUAUAUAGUUAUAGCAAAACUUAACGAUAAAUAAAUAAAACUUUUAAAACUAAGUUGAUACUUAACGGGAAAAAACAACGGCUUCUUUAGAAGCCAUCAAAUUUUAAAAAGUCUCAACCAACAGAUACCAAACACAGCUGAUUGGUCUAAGAAUAAACCGAGCUGUGAGCCGAAGAAUCACCACACCCAGCGGUAGGUAACUAGUGUAACCAUCAUAUAGUGAUUUCACAUUACUUAAUAUGCAAUGUAACUGUUCCCAGCUCUAUACUAAAUAGCACUUCAUAGCCCUAUAUAGCCCUACAUAGCCCUACAUGGCCGUACAUAGCACGUCAUAUUCCUAUAUACCCCUACCUAGCUCUAAAAGACUGGUUUUCUAGCUAGAACGUUUGUACAUAGCCGCGCAUAGCCGUAGAAAGCAGGGAAUAGACGUGCAUAGCUGUACGUAAGCCCAAAAUAGCCGUGCAUAGCCGUACAAAGCCGUGCACAGCCCUGCAUUCCCGUACACAGCAGUGUGCGGCCGUACGUUGCCGUACAUAGUCGUGUAUAACCGUGUAUAGCCGUAACGUAGCCGUACAAAGCAGGGAAUAGUCCUGUAUAGGCGUACAUAAGCCCUACAAAGCCCUGCAUAUCCCCACAUUGCUGUACGGUCAUGCACGGCUAUACAGUGAGUGAGUGAAAAAUUUAUUUACCCACGGUAAUCUUAUAUCAAAUAACUUUACAAUUAAGUAUGUUAUCCCUAAGGGCCGUGCAAAGGGCUAGGUACGGCUACGCACGGCUAUGUACGGCAGUGUACGGCCAUGCACGGCAUUGUACGACCAUGGGUGACAAUGUACGGCUAUGCACGACUAUGCACGGCUAUAUAUGGCCAUGCACGGCUAUGUACGAUUAUGUACGGCUAUGCACAACUAUGCAUGGCUAUGUCCGGCCAUUAACAGCUAUAUAUUGCUAUGUAUGGCUAUGUAGGGUUAUUAACGGCUAUAUACGCUUAUUUACGGCUAUGCAGUCUAUGUCAGCCAUGCAUGGCUAUGUGCGGGUUUUUACAGUUAGUAUGGCUUUGUAGGGCUAUGCACGGCCUAUUUACGGCCAUGUACGGCUAUGUAUAGCCAUGCACGGCUAUGUACGGCUAUGCACGGCUACCUACGGCUAUGUACGUCUAGGCACGGCUAUGUACGGCCAUGCACAGCUAUGUACGGCUAUGCAUGGCUACCUACGGCCAUGUACGGCUAUGUAUGGCCAUGCACGGCUACCUACGGCUAUGUACGUCUAGGCACGCUAUGUACGGCCAUGCGCAGCUAUUUACGGCUAUGAACGGCUACGUACGGCCAUGCACGGCAAUGUAUGGCUAUGCACGUCUGGGCACGGCUAUGUAUGGCCAUGCACAGCUAGCCACGGCUACGGCUAUGCACUGCUUUUCACCUCCAUGUACGGCUUUGCUGAGCUAUGUAAGGCUAUGUACGGGUACGUAACGCUAUGUACAGCUAUGCACGGCUAAAUACGGCUAUGCACGGCUAUGCACAACUAUAUACGGCCAUGCACGGGUAUUUACUGUUAUGUACGGCUAUGUACGGCUAUGUAGGGCUAUUUAGGGCUAUGAAAGGCUAUUUACGGCCAUGCACGGCUAUUUACGGCUAUUUACGUUUACGUACGGCUUUGCAGGGCUAUGCACAGCCAUGUACGGCUAUGCACGGCUACCUACGGCUAUGUACGUCUAGGCACGGCUAUGUACGGCUAUGCACAGCUAUGUACGGCUAUGCAUGGCUACCUACGGCCAUGUACGGUUAUGUAUGGCCAUGCACGACUACCUACGGCUAUUUACGUCUAGGCAUGCUCUGUACGGCCAUGCACAGCUAUGUACCGCUACGGCUAUGCACGGUUUUUCACCUCUAUGUACGGCUUUGCUGAGCUAUGUAAGGCUAUGUACGGGUAUGUAGGAAUAUGUACAGCUAUGCACGGCUAAAUACGGCUAUGCACGGCUAUGCACGGCUAUGCACAGCUAUAUACGGCCAUGCACGGGUAUUUACGGUUAUGUACGGCUAUGUACGGCUAUGUAGGGCUAUUUAGCGCUAUGAACGGGUAUUUACGGCCAUGCACGGCUAUUUACGUUUACGUACGGCUUUGCAGGGCUAUGCACAGCCAUGUACGGCUAUGCACGGCCAUGUACGGCUAUGCACGGCUAUGUACGUCUAGGCACGGCUAUGUACGGCCAUGCACAGUUAUGUAAGGCAAAGCAUGGCUACCUACGGCCAUGCACGGGUAUGUAUGGCUAUGCACGUCUGGGCACGGCUAUGUAUGGCCAUCCACAGCCAUGUACGGCUAUGCACGGCUACCUACGGCUAUGCACGUCUAGGCACGGCUAUGUUCGGCCAAGCACAGCUAUGUACGACUAUGCACGGUUACCUACGGCCAUGUACGGCUAUGUAUGGCCAUGCACGGCUAUGUACGGCUAUGCACGUCUAGGCAAGGCUAUGUACGGCUAUGAACGGCUAGCUACGGCUAUGUACGGUCAUUCACGGCUAUUUACGGCUAUGCACGAUUAUGUACCUCUAAGUACGGUUUUGCAGGGCUAUAUAAGGCUAUGUACGGGUAUGUAACGCUAUGUACAGCUAUGCACGGAUAAAUACGGCUAUACACGGCUGUGCACAGCUAUAUACUGCCAUGCACGGGUAUUUACGGUUAUGUACGGCUAUGUACGGCUAUGUAGGGCUAUUUAGGGCUAUAAACGGCUAUUUACGGCCACGCACGGCUAUUUACGGCUAUUUACGUUUACGUACGGCUUUGCAGGGCAUGCACAGCCAUGUACGGCCAUGCACGUCUAGGCACGGCUAUGUACGGCCAUUCACAGCUACCUACGGCUAUGUACGUCUAGGCACGCUAUUUACGGGCAUUCACAGCUAUGUACGGCUAUGCACGGCUACCUACGGCCAUGCACGGGUAUGUAUGGCUAUGCACGUCUGGGCACGACUAUGUAUGGCCAUGCACAGCCAUGUACGGCUAUGCACGGCUACCUACGGCUAUGCACGUCUAGGCAUGGCUAUAUUCGGCCAAGCACAGCUAUGUACUACUAUGCACGGUUACCUACGGCCAUGUACGGGUAUCUAUGGCCAUGCACGGCUAUGUACGGCUAUGCACGUCUAGGCACGGCUAUGUACGGCUAUGCACGGCUAGCUACGGCUAUGUACGGCUAUGAACGGCUAGCUACGGCUAUGUACGGCCAUUCACGGCUAUUUACGGCUAUGCACGGUUAUGUACGUCUAAGUACGGCUUUGCAGGGCUAUGUAAGGAUAUGUACGGGUAUGUAAGGCUAUGUGCGGCUAUACACGGCCAAAUACGGCUAUAUACGGCUAAGUAAGGCUAUGCACGGCCAUGUACGGCCAUGUACGGCUAUGCACGGCUUUUCACCUCUAUGUACGGCUUCGCUGAGCUAUGUAAGGCUAUGUACGGGUAUGUAAGGAUAUGUACAGCUAUGCACGGCUAAAUACACCUUUGCACGUCUAGGCACGGCUAUGUACGGCCAUUCACAGCUAUGCACAGCUACCUACGGCUAUGUACGUCUAGGCACGCUAUUUACGGCCAUGCUCAGCUAUGUACGGCUAUGCACGGCUACCUACGGCCAUGCAUGGGUAUGCAUGGCUAUGCACGUCUUUGCACGGCUAUGUAUGGCCAUGCACAGCAAUGUUCUGCUAUGCACGGCUACCUAUGGCUAUGCACGUCUUGGCACGGCUAUGUUCGGCCAAGCACAGCUAUGUACGACUAUGCACGGUUACCUACGGCCAUGUACGGCUAUGUAAGGCUAUGCACGUCUAGGCACGGCUAUGUACGGCUAUGCACGGCUAGCUACGGCUAUGCACGGCUAUGAACAGCUAGCUACGGCUAUGUACGGCCAUUCACGGCUAUUUACGGCUAUGCACGAUUAUGUACGUCUAAGUACGGCUUUGCAGGGCUAUGUAAGGCUAUGUACGGGUAUGUAACGCUAUGUACAGCUAUGCACCGCUAAAUACGGCUAUACACGGUUGUGCACAGCUAUAUACUGCCAUGCACGGGUAUUUACGAUUAUGUACGGCUAUGUAGGGCUAUGUACGGCUAUCUAGGGCUAUUUAGGGCUAUAAACGGCUAUUUACGGCUAUUUACGUUUACGUACGGCUUUGCAGGGCUAUGCACAACCAUGUACGGCCAUGCACGUCUAGGCACGGCUAUGUACGGCCAUUCACAGCUACCUACGGCUAUGUACGUCUAGGCACGCUAUUUACGGCCAUGCUCAGCUAUGUACGGCUAUGCACGGCUACCUACGGCCAUGCACGGGUAUGCAUGGCUAUGCACGUCUUUGCACGGCUAUGUAUGGCCAUGCACAGCAAUGUUCUGCUAUGCACGGCUACCUAUGGCUAUGCACGUCUUGGCACGGCUAUGUUCGGCCAAGCACAGCUAUGUACGACUAUGCACGGUUACCUACGGCCAUGUACGGCUAUGUAAGGCUAUGCACGUCUAGGCACGGCUAUGUACGGCUAUGCACGGCUAGCUACGGCUAUGCACGGCUAUGAACAGCUAGCUACGGCUAUGUACGGCCAUUCACGGCUAUUUACGGCUAUGCACGAUUAUGUACGUCUAAGUACGGCUUUGCAGGGCUAUGUAAGGCUAUGUACGGGUAUGUAACGCUAUGUACAGCUAUGCACCGCUAAAUACGGCUAUACACGGUUGUGCACAGCUAUAUACUGCCAUGCACGGGUAUUUACGAUUAUGUACCGCUAUGUAGGGCUAUGUACGGCUAUCUAGGGCUAUUUAGGGCUAUAAACGGCUAUUUACGGCCACGCACGGCUAUUUACGGCUAUUUACGUUUACGUACGGCUUUGCAGGGCUAUGCACAACCAUGUACGGCCAUGCACGUCUAGGCACGGCUAUGUACGGCCAUUCACAGCUACCUACGGCUAUGUACGUCUAGGCACGCUAUUUACGGCCAUGCACAGCUAUGUACGGCUAUGCACGGCUACUUACGGCCAUGCACGGGUAUGUAUGGCUAUGCACGUCUGGGCACGGUUAUGUAUGGCCAUGCACAGCCAUGUACGGCUAUGCACGGCUACCUACGGCUAUGCACGACUAGGCACGGCUAUGUUCGGCCAAGCACAGCUAUGUACGACUGUGCACGGUUACCUACGGCCAUGUACGGGUAUGUAUGGCCAUGCACGGCUAUGCACGUCUAGGCACUGCUAUGUACGGCUAUGCACGGCUAGCUACGGCUAUGUACAGCUACGAACGGCUAGCUACGGCUAUGUACGGGCAUUCACGGCUAUUUACGGCUAUGCACGGUUAUGUACGUCUAAGUACGGCUUUGCAGGGUUAUGUAAGGCUAUGUACGGGUAUGUAAGGCUAUGUGCGGCUAUACACGGCCAAAUACGGCUAUAUACGGCUAAGUAAGGCUAUGCACGGCCAUGCGCGGCCAUGUACGGCUAUGCACGGCUUUUCACCUCUAUGUACGGCUUUGCUGAGCUAUGUAAGGCUAUGUACGGGUAUGUAAGGAUAUGUACAGCUAUGCACGGCUAAAUACGGUUAUGUACGGCUAUUUACGGCUAUUUACGUUUACGUACGGCUUUGGAGGGCUAUGUAUGGCCAAGUACGGUAAUGUACGGGUAUGUGCGGCUAUGUACAGCUAUUUGCACGGCUUUUCACCUCUAUGUACGGCUUUGCUGAGCUAUGUAAGGCUAUGUACGGCUAUGUAUAGCUAUGUACGGCUAUGUAUAGCUAUGUACGGUUAUGUACAGCUAUGUACGGCUAUGAAGGGCUAUGCACCGCCAUGUAGGCUUAAGGCACGGCUGUUCACGUCUAUGUACGAUAAUGUUCAGCUAUGCACGGCUAUCUCCGGCUAUUUACGGCUAUGCACAGAUUUGUACCGCUAUCUAUGGCUAUGCAUGUGCGGCCAUGCACGGCUAUUUACGUCUAUGUACGGCUUUGCAGGUCUAUGCAAGGCUAUGUACGGCUAUCUACAGACAUGCACCGCUAUGUACGGCCAUGCACGGCUAUGUACGGCUAUGCACGGGUAUCUACAGCUAUAUACGGCCAUAUACAGCUAGGUACGGCUAUUCACGGCUAUUCACGUCUAUGUGCGGCUUUUCCGGGGUAUGUAAGGCUAAUAUGUACAGCUAUGCACGGCUAAAUACGCCUAUGCACGGCUAUGGACAGCUACAUUCGGCCAUGCAAGGGUAUUUACGGCUAUGUACAGCUAUGCACGGCUAUGUGCGGUUAUAUACGGCUAUGUAGUAGUAUGCACGGCUAUAUAGGAGUAUAUACGGCUAUAAGGGCUAUGUACGGUUAUGUACGGCUAUGUACGGCCAUACACAGCUGUGCAGCGCUAUGUAAUCCCUACGUAAGCGCUACUUAACCUUACAUAGGCGUACAGAACCCUACAGUCCUACAGAGCCCUAUAUAACCCUACGUAGCCAUAUAUUGGAACAUUCGUUUGGCAAAAUGUUUGAGCCGCUUUUUAAAAGUGCGCCGGUACGCCGUCCUGCGAAAGUUUAUCUCCUUCCUUACGACGUGCGGCUAAGAGAAUUUAUCAUCCUUGCAGUUUUUUGUAAAAGCUACAACAUUUUUCCUGUGAUAAGCGUCCUCCAGCUACAACCUCCUGUUUUGCAUGUGCACCCCUUCUUCAUGCAUUAAAAUUUUAGAUACGCGCGCAUCAUUUUUCUUUUGUCAGUGAGCGUAAUAUUUUGGGAGAACUGAGCCUUGCAAUUCCUUUUGUCUUUUUUGUUCAUUGACUAAAGUAAAAAAAAACGGUAAAAAUUUACAAGCAUGAUUUAUUAGCAUCAUGUGUGGCAUUAUUAGCUCGAGUGUGGGUCAUGCGAGCAACCGCGCGCGAGACUUCUCUAUACGAACGAGGUACGAAUUUAAUAGACCAAAAUUGUACACUGUUUAUCCAGGCAUUCAAAGCCAGAUUGUCAUUUCCUGUCUGCAUGGCUUAAAGCGUGUAAGCCUUUAUAGUAUGCUAACUUUAGACCUUUUAGCCGGUGUUUUUUAACUCCAGCCAAAAGUGCGCAAUAGCUGCAAACUGCAUCACGUGUUAUUUCCAAAUGUGUGAUAAAUAUAAUGGAUAUAAACCAGGUUAUAUCUAUGUUUUUCUUUUGAUGGUUGUUAUUUGUAAAUUGAACAUCAUCUUCCUUUGAUUUUCUUCCUUCUCCAAGAUAUAACUUUUAAAUAAAUAGGAUUUCGAUAACUAAAGUGCGUAUUUGCUGCAAAAACAAAUAUCUGCUACCAUAUCAUCCGCAUUUUAAACAGUUCCGUGUAAAAUAAGGUUCUACAGCGGGUAAUAUUCAUGGCUACCUUUAGCUGGCUGUGCCUUGGUUGGUAGGCAUCAUUAUGUAUUGCUUCUCUUCUUUUAUCACGACUUAACUUCGAAAUAAAUUACAUGCUUCUUUUCUGAGCGAAAACCAAAGUGCGUAUUUGCUGCAAAAACGAGUAUUUGCUACCUUAUGAUCCGCAUUUUACACAGUUUUGUGUAAAAUAAGCUUCUAGAGCGGGUAAUAUUAAUGGCUACCUUUGGCUGGCUGUUCCCUGGUUGGUAGGCAUCAUUAUGCAUUGUUGAUCUUCUUUUAUCACGGCUUAACUUCGAAAUAAAUUACAUGUUUCUUUUCUGAGCGAAAACCAAAGUGCGUAUUUGCUGCAAAAACGAGUAUUUGCUACGGAAUAGGUUUUUGGAUAAAAAAUGCAUUCAAAGUGCUUUGACACCUCAAAAAUUGUUUCGGAAGAGUUUCUUUUGUGAAGCGCUUACUUUCCACAUAAAAAUUGGAGAAGGUAUCACAAAGGGUUAUUAUUUUUACAGCAAAUACGUUUUGGGUUGUCUAAAAAAAAUCUUGAGUCUGAAACUGGUGCCGAACAUGUACCUGAGAACAACGUUUAGUCCUUAAUUUAAGUUAAAGCAAAAUUGAAAAUAUUUCCAAACACGGAGGGGUUUAAUAGUAAUUCUUAUUACCCUAAGGACCUUACAAAUCCGUUUUGUUUGGCAAAUUUUACAAAAUUUUUGGUUGAUGUACCAAGAAAUGCGUAUUUGCUACGUUAAGUUGGUUUGAACUAGAAAAUAUUCUGGAAAAGUAAAAUAAAUUAGAAAAGGGUAACUUUUCUUGCUGAAACCUCGAAAGACUUGGAAAUAAUCCUCAUAAUUAUCGUACUGAGUUUUACGAAUCGUCUUUCACGCACUAGUCUUUAUCUUAGCCUUAAGACAAGUUUCGUUUAUUCAAACCUCUUCAGUUUGGCUAAAACUGUUACAAUACGUACGUAUGUUACGUAUUGUAACAGUUUUAGCCAAACUGAAGAGGUUUGAAUAAACGAAACUUGUCUUAAGGCUAAGAUAAAGACUAGUGCGUGAAAGACGAUUCGUAAAACUCAGUACGAUAAUUAUGAGGAUUAAUUAGAAAAGGGAGAACGUAUUUUCGGUAUGUAAAAGCUUAGCUUAUUGGCUUGCCCAAAAGAAGUGAGGUUUGAUAUGUAAAACGUUUUAAAAUUUUCAAAAGGAGAAAACGUAGCAGAUACGGACAGAUGAAUCUAAAGAGAGAGAGAGAGAGAGAGAGAGAGAGAGAGAGAGAGAGAGAGAGAGAGAGAAUAAAAGCAUUACAUGUUUAAUGUCAAUUAAUUAAUUGCAGAGCCUUCAUCCAUUCAGUCAAUCGAAGAUCAGUUUGUUGUUGAACGUCGCAAUACAAGUCUCAUUUGUAAUGCAUCUGGGACCCCUCGGCCAACUGCAGUGUCCUGGAUCUAUGUCGCCAGUGGUCUGCGCACUAACGGCAGUAUACUGGAGUUUGCCAACGUUAAAAGAAGUGAAGCUGGAGAAUACAGAUGUGAAGCUAGCAAUGAGUGUGGAAAUGCAAUAGAGGCUGUUAACGUUACUGUGCAGUGUGAGUAGAUUUAGCAUAAGACAUUACAUUGGUUCAUAUCAAGUGAUGGAUCAAGCAGGACCUUUUUGUACUCUGAAAAAUAACUAUAACAACAAUAUGAUGCUAUGACACUGUAGGAUAAUCCCAACAUUUAUGCAUCAGUCAAUUUCAGCUGCGUCCAUCCCUUUCGUUUUUGCUUCGUUUUCGAGAUUUGGAUGCUCUGUUUUCGAGAUGUGGAUGCUCCGUUUUCGAGAUUUGGGUGCUUCGUUUUCGAGAUUUGAGUGCUUCGUGCUUCGGUCUUUGUUUUCGAGCGCGUCGUUUUCGAAACUACCAUGUUCAUAUUCACGGACAAAAGUAAAUCGCUAUUAGUUAUUCAGAUCCAGGAGACAAUUUGGAGAAAUUAAACAACCUAAAAGUUUACUAAGCCGCAAGGAAGAAGUUUACGUUUUAAAUGAGAACAAAGAAAAUGUUUUCGACGCGCAUCAGAAGGCGAAUCGUUCCGACCAGGAAUAAACCGCAGAAAAUCAAUGCUUGUCACGACCCCUCAGUAUGAAACAAGCAGCAAAAAUAAUGCACAUUAGCUCAGUCAUAAUCUACCCGCAGGAGAAAAAACUCAUUGGAACAAGCAGCAUUUUCGCACGAGGUAAAAGUCGUGUUUUCCCUACCGACUACAUAUGCCAGAUAGUACAACUGGAACGGCAGUGAUUUUCCAUUUGGCCGGUCGGCAAGACCGCCAGUAUCAUUAUGUCUCCACACCAUCGAAUGUUCCAGUGACUACGACUGUUGCCUUAUCUAAAUCUUCCGUACAUACAGGCAUCUGAUAUUUCCAAUUCUAAACGUACGUGAUGUGUGCUUGGAUUGUUUGGAUUUGAUCUUUGUCACCUUCAAACCACCCGCGUCCCGAUCACGCGCCUAUUGCGAUUGCAAUCCAGUCAGAGCAUUUGAAAAGUUUGAUAUCUCUAAGAAACCAAUCAGCAAAACAUCCAGGAUGUUUUGGUAUAAACGAGGUUGUAAUUAGCUCGGCGCUAUCAAAGGGAUGGCGCUCUGAUCCAGAGGCUUUUCGCGCGCGUCCCUUUUUAGACUUUACCGAAACCGGAAACCGCACAUGAAAAGCCUCUGGCACCCCGGGUAUAUGCGACUGUGUGAUCAAUGAAAAAUGUUGCAGUGUUGACAGAGGACGGGGCAUUUGCCCUCUUUUCUCGUCCCCACCGCGGGGAAUUUGACAGUUCAGGAGUCCCCACCCCUGGGAAUUUGCCAUCCAAGGCAAAAAAAAAUGCUAAUGCCGGGGGUCAGCCCAGAGGGGAGGGGGGUUGGGGGCGGGGCUGGGCGCAGCUGGAAUUGACUGAUGCAAUAGUAUAAAAGUGGAAGGCAAUAUGGAUACCAUGUUAAUUAUUACAGAAGAAACAACUGUAUUAAUUUUGUAUUUAAAUCAACAUUUGGUAGACGUUAUGGGUUGUAAGUCAUAGAAAUACUGCACAGGCCAGAGGACAAAAAUUAUUGUAUGUUUUACCUAAGGCUAUAAACUGGAUGUUACAUUUAAUGCACUGUUCUAGUAAUACAUGUUAACAUAAUCGCUGACAAGAUAGAUUGCCGUUAUAUCUUCUUCAAUCAUAACCCUACAGGAGCAUUUUGUGUAUGGGUCAAGGCACUACAAAUGACUAAUAAAGUAAAUCGAACUAAAGCAGAAAGAAUUAUUCUCCUUUAAAUGAUACUUCUUUGUGUUUUUACCCCAUUCUAGAUCCACCAGAAAAUGUCGUAUUGGCAACAAAUGCCACUGCAAAUAAAGCUUGUCAGAAGAUGCAGUAAGCUUCACCUGCUCAGCCGAUGCUGUUCCAUCCGCGAUGUCAUUCCAGUUGUUUAAAGAUAACGUUUCCUUUGAGAUAAGUGACUCAGGAAUGUGGGUGAAAACACUGUCAGAGGGAGGCGUGUUUAACUACAAAUGUGUAGCUAACAAUCCCAUUGGAUCAACAAGCAGCACAAAUGUUAGCAUUACUGUUAAUGGUAAGUGAGACCGUAAAAAUACGUUGGCACUCAGGCUAACACUUAGGAAUUAUUUGACUGAUUCUAGUUACGCACGAUCUGAUCUCUGUGUUCACUGUAUAUAUUCUGCUACAUCAGCAUUUAAUGAAGAAUAUCAGUGACAUCAUGGGCGUACACAUAUUUAAUAUGCGAAUGACACCACCGUAUAAAAGCAUACAAUUACUUGUAUGAGUACUUUUUUGACACUUAAAAUAUUGUAUGUUUUCUCUGAGUUUCAACAAUAAACAGGCUCAUGCUUCUUGUCCGCCAUUACCAUGCAUCAUUAGAUCUUGGAUUUAACUCAACAUGCAAGGACAACUAGACCUGUGCUUUGGACAAGUACAACUAGAACCUCACCUGUCCAUUGGACAAGUGAAGUUCACAAAUUUUUGUCUAACCCUGACAUAUAUGUCAUAACUGAGAAACUGUAUGCAAUAAAUUUUCUUAAUUAAAUAGAUGCGUGUAGACUUUUUUAAGCAACUAAAGUGUACUAAGAGAGAUGGCAUUUUGUGUGAUACAUGAGGAGGUGCAACUAGAUGGGAAAUGAGACGAGUACUUGUUUGCUAUUUUCGGAAGGUUUAUUCUAAUUAGAACUCAUACUCUUAUGUUUCUGACCAGGGGAUGGACUCCUUUAAAGGGCACGAGUAGUGUCAGUUAGCUUGUAUCUGAAGCAUGGUACACGCUGUUGUAGUACUUACAUGUACAGUCACUUACUCCGCCAGUUCUCCCGAAACGUUUCUGGGCCCAGUUGUUUGAAGGCUGAUUAGUGCUUACCCGGGGUUAAAUUUAACCCCGGGUAAGCGCCAAUCAAAAGAAUUAUCUUGGAUACUCCGUGAUUUCUCUUUUCAUUUUUGGAGCAUCCAAUAAUCAAAUUGUAGACAAAAAAAUUAAACUGAAUUUGCUUUUUAAGCUUUCAUAUCUGAAUUCAAAUUUCGCACUAAACCUGGGUUAUCUAAACCCAGGUUUAAACAACCCGCCUUUGCCGAACAAAACAGCUAUAGAAUUUCAUUUGCAUUUCAAUCAAAAUGUCCCAUAAAAGAAGUUUUUCACUCAGUCAUCUGUAGCACAUAGCUUUAGUAUCUGUGUUUGCAGUUUAGUCUUGAUGGCCCCGACCAUUAUGUCAAUCAGUAGAAACAGCUGCUAGUCUUUCUUUUUUUACUUUUAUAUUUAAUUUUUCACCCCAGAGCCGUCAAGCAUCCACCCUUUGCAAAACGAGACAAUAACUGAAGGUGGUAACUUGAAUCUGUCUUGCAAUGCAUCUGGUACACCUCCGCCAGUCGUGUCAUGGGUGAGGAUUAGCACUGGUCAACGCUUUGAUGUUAGUGUGUUACAACUCACCAAUAUCAACAGGAGUAAAGCUAAAGACUACAGAUGUGAAGCCAGCAAUGAGUGUCGUAAUGCAUCAGAGGUACAAAACAUUGAUGUGCAGUGUAAGUAAUGAACGGAGUUCACCAAAUUCUGCCAUAUCGUUAAGGGCGCUUUGGCAACCACGUCGGCGACGAUGGCAAAAACGUCACUUAAAAAGUAAACUGGUCCUCUUUCAAACAUCAUCGCUAUUAUUCCGCUGUGUUCAAUUUGUCAAAAGUUGUUAAUUUUGCUUAAUUUGACGUCUGUGGACUAUAUCUAAGUUCAGAAAAAAAAAUCGUUUUGUUUUUAUCACGUUCUCCAUAAAACGUUAGAUUAAGAAUUUUCACGUCGCAGUCGUGCAACGAAGCUCAAGAAAUGUAAAAAAAAAAAAUAAAUAAAAAAAAUAAAAAAAGAAAGUAAGAAAAGAAUGUGUGAAUCACGUGCAAAGCUGUUGUUUUGCUCAUGUAAUCCUAUAUUGCUCUUUUACUGUUCUCGUUGUCGUUGCCAACGCUAUCGUCGUUGCUUAAGCUUUCUGUUAAGCUUUCAGUCAGUCUUAGUGUACAGUACGAGCAUGUGUUUUGAGCCGUUGAUAGUGUCGCGUUAGGGGGAAGAAGAGAGAGAGCCUGAGUACCAGUUGUUAGAUUGACAUCACAUUGACAUGGUCUGUUUGGCUCUUUUUCCCUUCUAAAAAAUAAACACUUUACAGAAGACGUUGUUUAGGGAACUGAGCACUUAACGCCUUUCAUAAAUUUUGCAUCGAAGGGAACGUGACUUAGACGAAAUUUGAUUGCCCGGUUCUCCAAAGCCCAUUGAGCAUUAAUCCAGGGUUGAAUUUUUUUUUCACUGUCUUGUGGAUUAUUUGUGGACCUUUUUUAGACUGUCAUUUUUGGUUUACAGGACCGGCUCUCUGACUAAAGACUCGCAAGUUUUUAUGAGUUGUUUUAUUAGGGGAUUCUGUUUUAAAAUAAGGAUAACGUUUUGUCUGAUGUUCACCGUUAUACAUGGAUUGCGGUGGCAAUACAAUUAAGCGAACCAACGGCUUAAGAGUAGCAUUAAAGUUAUAGUGUCUUUGGUGGUUGUCUGAUUAUUUUUUUCCGUUUUUAUCUUACAUAAAUUAUAUGUAUGUUGUAGUGUUUAGGGAGAAAAUCCCAUAAUAAUAUACAAGUAAAUGGCGUCUUUUGGCCAAUGUUUUGUUUUUUUCCUGGCUAUCAUGCCACAUUAAUUGUUGAUUGAACUUUGUCGUGUUAAUAUAAACAGUUUUUUUCCUUAUAGACAAGCCAGAGAACGUCCAGCUAACAACAAACGCCAGUGCAAACAAAGCAUGCCAGAAUGACGUCUUGAAACUUCCUUGUUCAGUCGGUGAUGCUAAUCCAGAAGUGACGUCAUAUCAGUUGUUUCGAAAUGGCACUGAUGUUGGGGAAAGCAACACAGGAAUGUGGGUUAAAACGCUGUCAAACAGCGGCCUAUCGAUGUACAAAUGUGUGGCAAACAACUCUGUGGGAAGUUCAGAAAGCCCGAGUGUUUCCAUCACUGUUAAUGGUAAUCAUGAAUUUCGUUUUUCAUGUCCGCCUCUUUUCACCCUUCCAGCAGAGCCUUUCUAUUGCUAGUUUGAUGUUGGCGCACUCGAGAAAGACUCUGCUUGCACCAAGUAAAACCUUUGUUGAGCAUGCAUUAAAUGCUGCUUGGAUAUAGUUUCGAUUACAGGCCUAAUAGCUCGGCGCUUGGUACAGCGGGCUUAGUUAUGGUUAUCGGUUUAUCAGUAAACGGAUGCUCACACUCGAAAAAGCCAGAAAACAAGAUUGACUAGUGCAGAAGUUCGGGCUGCGAUGACUUCAAAGGUUUGACACGAUUCAGGCAGAGCCUCCUUAAAAUCUCAUCCAUAAUUAAGAAAUAAAAAUGACGCUCAGGCUGUGCUCGCAGGAUGACGUGUUUUAUGUAGUUGUUCGAAUUUGUAAUAAUAAUUGGUUAAUGAUAAGGAAUUUUGGAGAGUAUUCGCUUCCUCUUGCGGUUUUCCCUUUUCGUAUGUACCUGCAUGACUGUGUUUCUUGUAUGAUGUUUAAACGGCAUUUUGCACCUAUUCAGCCCCUAGGCUUUUAAUAGUCACGAUGCUAUCCAUUGGAUAAACGGAACUGAAAUAGAUCUGGCUGCCAUUCAUCACGUGUAGCUGAAACCGUCUUAAUCUUCUGCAUGAGCUUUGCCCUUAGUCCGUAUUUGUUUUUUCCGCAAUUUAUCUUGCGUUUUCUGCAAUUUGAGGCACCUGUUUAGUCAAAUCUUCGAAGGUUUCUUGGUAAUUGCUUGAAAGUAGACCUACACCUUCAAUUUUCCUCUUACGUUUCCAUUAUUUUAUUGCAGUGCCUCCGACUAUCGCGCCAGUACUAGAUAAGACAGUUAACGAGACUGACAACUUAACUUUGGCCUGCGUGGCAACUGGUGUCCCUUCACCCUUUGUUUCCUGGGUGAAGGUUAGCAGUGGACAGCGCGCAAAUGGAAGUUUGAUACAGCUCACUAAUAUUAGUAGGAGUCAAGCUGGGGAAUACAGAUGUGAGGUCAGCAACGAAUGUGGCAAUGCAGUGGAGACAGUGAACAUCACCGUACCAUGUAAGUUGCAAAGGUGUCGCUCAUGCCAUGGUAUUUUCGCGAAAAUUUCUGUAUUUUAAGAAGAGCGUGCAAUGUUGUUUAGAACUCAUAAAUUCCUUUAGCUUAAGAAAACAGCCGCCACACUGAUGAUGCGUCACUACCCAGAUCUGUGUAGUUCUUCUGAUUGGAUGAAGCAAAUUAUCAACCAAUCAGGAGCACUUCCCAGAUCUAAGUAGUGCUGCGUCAUGGAAUUUCUGCGCUCGUUCCUCAGACUUCAUUUUGCGGAGAAUCUAGUGGUGGCGUCGCGAAUUGCCGGCUCUUUUCUCAGGCUAAAAUUCCUGUUGUUAAAAUUUUUUCAGCAUCAUAAUGAUGCAGGAUCAGGGUAAAGUAGUACACAGUUCUAUCCCUGCUCCUUUAGUUUUUAGUGUUUGACUGUUAGACUUCCAUAAAUCCUGAAUACCGGCCUAUAUACAGACUUCUGCAUUUCAACCCAGUCUAUUGCGAUCUCCCCAAUCGUACGGAUCGUCCUGUAUGGCAUCAUUAACGUUUCUAUAUGAUCGUCUCAAUCGCCUGAAUGCCGGCCUGUAUACAGGUUGCGAUCGUCCCAAUGGUACGGAUCGUCUUGUAACGCAUGAGAGGUGUUCCAUAUGAUUGUCUGCUGAACACAUACAAUACCCUUCCUAGAUAAGUCUUCCCGACUGUCGGAAGAUUGAAGGGCCACUAGCUGCUCGCUGGGUAAUUUUAAGUCGAACCGGGUGAUCGAUACGACCCAGACGAUUAUAUAGAAGAGAGGGGAAACAAGGGAUAAAACCUCGGAAAACUACUUUGUAGUGCGCAUUUUAGACAAAUAUACGUUGAUCUAAUUCUAAAGUGACCUUCACGCUUUUUUUCCUAUAUCUCUCCAACUUAUGGCAUGAUUACAGGGUGUUGACAGUAAUUGCCGUUGCACCUGAAAAUGCAUAAAUUAUUAUUUUUAGUCAAACCUGAGAAUGUACGUUUGGUAGCGACCAACAUUGGGGAUGAAGCCUGCCAGGACGAUUCUGUGUCCCUGAGCUGCUCAGCUGAUGCUAGUCCACCAGUCUGGUCUUACCAGUUUUUUGAAAAUGAUGUUCUUUUGGGAAGUAACAAUUCAGGAAUGUUGGCCACAUCACUAUCAAGUAGUGGAGAGCUCAUCUACAGAUGCGUUGCCAACAACCUUGUAGAAGCAGCAAACAGCGCAAAUGUUUCGUUUUAUGUUGGAGGUACUGUCACUUGUACAUGUGAAAGCCUGAGGUCCCUCCUCUCUUUUUCUUGAAGAAUGAAUUUUUUCCGUUUUCAAUAGAAAAAGAAAAAUGAAAGAAAAUCACGCCCGCACAUAUCGUCUGAAGAGUGGCACAGAGACCCCUCCGAUAUAUCUGUGACGAUACACUUUCAAGAUCGGCGCGGCACAGCUUCUUACGUUGUCGCCUUUGAACAGAACCCCUAUCCGAUAUGGUUUCCGUGCCAGCUCAAGGGGUAUCUGUGUACAAAAUAUAGGAUUCAAUUGUCUUUGUCGACUCAAUUGAUAAAACAAAAUCUUGCUAGCAAUUCUAUUCUCUUCUGUAAGAAUGGCAGAGUGGAAUGCUCCGGAAACUACGCAGUUCGCGCCUAAAUGGGUAAGUAAUUGCUUAUUUCGCGAACAAAUUGAUACCAGAUCACUUUUCAUUUCGACAAGACAGACUAUCCUGCUCAGUUGGGAGAGCGCCGGUCUGCUGAGCGGGAGGCCACGGGUUCAAACCCCAGCAAGACCAACACUCAGGGUCUUUAAAUAACUGAGAAGGAAGUGCUGCCUUUGUAAUGGCAUCUGCAAACGGUUAGACUUCCUAGUCUUCUCUGAUCAUGAUAAGGACUAAAAACGGUAGGUUCUGUCCCACAGCACUUACACUUAUCUCGUUCUUGUGGGACGUAAAAGAACCCACAACACUGUUCGAAAAGAGUAGGGGACGUAGACCCCGGUGGUGUGGACAAAUUCACACAUCAUUCACAUCAUGGGUUGGGUGGGUACAGUAAGCUCAUAAAUGGACUAAGAGUGGCUGCCAGGGGCGCCUUUGUAUGCUGACGUCCAAGCUUACUGUUCACAUGUUGAUAAUAAUAAUAACAAUAAUAAUAAUAAUAAUAAUAAUAAUCAACUUUAUUUAACGAGGGUAACAAGGGACAGUACUUCAACUGAAUAACUAGUGGCCCUCAAGAUAAACGUAAAGACGGCCGUAAAGACGGCACGUCUGUUGUCCUCUCGUCCAUGACUCUUUCCUUCCUUCCAAAGUUAGCCAUGCUGUGUUGUUAUGUCGUGAAGCUGGUGUUAUAUGGCACGUGCAAUUCGUGAAAAGAAAACCAAUUAAGAAGAAAACGGCAGGUAAAAGAAUAUAACGGUAAUCUUUCAACAUUUGUUCUGGGGACUGCAUGUAAUUUUUGUUUGAUUGCAGUACCGUCAUCCAUCCAUCCAAUCAAUACAAAAUGAGACUUUGGUUGAAGGUUCAAGCUGGAAUCUGACCUGUAACGUGUCUGGAAUCCCGCCACCCAACGUUACUUGGAUCGAAGAGGGCAGUGGUCAACGCACACCAGGAAAUGUUUUUAGGUUGAUCGAUAUUUACAGAAAUCAAAGUGGAAAGUACAGAUGUGAAGCAAGCAAUAGGUGUGGCAAUAAGUCAGUGACUACAUUCGUCAAUGUGCUUUGUAAGUGAAAGGAAUAAUAAUCAUAAGAAUAUGUACAGUGAAACCUGCAUUUAGCUUGCCUCGUUUUAAUAAAUCCCUUUCCAGUAUCUUUUGCGUCGCUGAAUUUAGCGAUAUCUAUCUGUAAUUUUCAUGUUUGCAGAAAGAUUAGCCUGCGAAUUGCAGACGUAUUUCCGGUCGUCGCUUCUCUAACCUCUGACAUUUUCGGAGGGAGAGAAGCGACAAUCCGAAGUACGUCUGCAGUCCACAGGCUACAGAAUGAUGGAACAGGGUAGAGUAUAAUUCGUAUGCGAUAUGCAAAAAACUUGGGGUGAUCAGAUGGCUUGAUUGUCCAUGUGAAAUUAUAUGGAAGUUGCAUUUCAAUUGUCCAAACAAUUCAUCUCUGUUUUUUUUCUGCCUCCUGCCUUCCUCUUCCUUUCUUUCCUCAUUUAUGCUUUUUUCUUAUUUAGUCUCCCCCUUGCCCGUCUUGUCAUUUCAGGAGCCCAAAAUGUUUCGCUCUUGGUGUCCUUGCAAAAUUUUCCAGCCAUUGAUCUUAAUAGCCCCUCUUAUCGACGUUUUCUUUGUAUUUCUGUGCAAGAAAUUCUUAGCUAUUUCCCAUAACUUCGAAUUGAGAGCGUUCAUUUUUGUAAAAGCGGUUCUUUCCAGCGUCCACGCUUCACUGCCAUAGGUGGCUACUUGAAAAUGCAAGUUUUGGGAAUUUUUGUGAUGUAGUUGUGCCUGAGGUCGUGUACACUAAACCUGGCAUAGUAACAGGUGGUAUAAAGAGUACCUACAACCUCUGGUUUAAAUAAUGUGGUUACUUCCUACCAAGUUUAAAACGGAGGACGAGGAGAAGGUGUGAAUUUCCUUUUGCAACUGGUAGUCCUUGGCUUUUGCUAGUUCUCAACUCGACUAACUUGAAAGGCAGGGCUCGCCGUCUAAUGCAAACCAACCUUGACUGUAACUAAUAUUUUACUAUUGUCUUUUUUCCGUAGACCCUCCAGUCCUAACACACAUUUCUAACAACCAGACACUUAAUGCAGGCUCCAGUGUGACUCUGAACUGCUCAGCAGAUGGUAAUCCGCCUCCAGUCAUCAGCUGGACAAGAGUAUCCUAUAACAGUGCUGUCGUCUUUCCUUUGACCAAUAUUGGACUACAGCAUGAAGGAACCUACAGAUGCACUGCUAAUAACGGUGUUGGAAGUGCUGUUACUAGAGACGUAUCCAUUGUUGUACACUGUGAGUACUUUUGCACAGUUGCCUAGUUGGACGCUGUUUAUCUGUCUUGAAUUAUUAUAUGCAGGUAGUCUAUAUGAAAUCGGAUGGGAAUGGAAUUGAAUUAUGUUUUCAUUAAUUUUGCUUGGCUGUCCAGGCUCAUGUCACACGAAAGAAGUGUUCCGUGUGAUGAGAUCUGAUGAGGUAGAGUCGCGGCAACUUUUCACUGCUAAUAAUGGUGUUGGAACUGUUUUACUAGAUAUUUGUCCGUACUUGUACAUUGUGAGUCCUCUUUGCACUUUUUUGACGCUAAUACGUCAAAAAAAGUUUUAUAGUAAUACAUUACGUAAGUGGGCUUGAAAGUUUACGUAAGACAAAGAGUUUUUGUUAGCAUUACGGGAAGAAAACAAUUUUUUCUUAACUUGCAUGUACACUUACAUGUAGCGUUAGUAAUAUCCAAUCAUAGAUCUUACUGUUUAGCUAAAAAAAAUCCACUUUUAGUUGACAAUGCACUUUGUUUUUGAACGUAUCUGUGUAGCCGGUGUCUUGCCGUACAGCUCAGUUCAAAGUGGCCGCCACACCUGGCCCCGUCUUUUUCCCAUUAAGUUUCCGUCCGAUGGAAAUGAUUUUACCGUAUAUUCUACGGAAAUUAUGGGGAAGGCAGGGUCAGUAUAGACGAAAGCUAGUUAUAGAUAAAUAGAUAAAAGCUAAGUAUUCAUUGCAAGGGAAACCUGAAAUGUUACCUUACAGUUAUUUUUGGUUUCAAUUUUUAGUUCUUCCAUUGAUCGAACCGUUGGAAGAAAGAAAAGUUGUCGUUAGAGGGAAAUCUCUUACUUUAUUUUGCAAUGUCUCUGAGAAUCCAGCACCAGUUGUGUUUUGGACGCACGUUGAAAGUAACGAGAAGUUAAACAAUAGCAAAUGGGAAAUAAAGGAUGCUACAGAAAGGGAUGUUGGAAGAUACCAGUGUGACGCAAUUAAUAUCUAUGGACAUGCCAGUGACACCACCGAAAUCGUAUUGUUACGUAAGUGUUUGUAAAGUCAUGCACGUAACUAUGCGUAACAACUUUGUUAUGAUAGAGGUUUGUUAUUAAACAUUCCUAAUAUUCCCCUGAGAAUUAAACAUUCUUAAGGCAGAUGCCGUAACAACUUACGAUCCUUUGGAAUUUCCCAAUGAUUGUUGCCUACAAAGGUUUUCUUUCAUUCAACAAAUCUAUUCUUCGUUUAACUUUACCAUUUUCCCAUCCAUCGCAUAACUCUAACUGCGGGAUAAAUCCCGAACACAUCCCGUAAUCACCUGAUUCGCCCUUUGUUAGGGCCAACGCUCCCAACAAUUCCCAUCUUUUCAAUCCUUCUACACUCUGAAACAAAAAAAUUAAAUUGAAAAUAAAUGAGAAACUAAAAGUUUGUAUUUCAUUUGCUUACCGUCACUAUACCACGGUUUCGUAAGAAAAAAAAAAAUAUCUUUUUUUCAAUAAAGAAUUACUUCAGCUGUUUACGUUAUUUCUUUUAAGAACCUUCUUGCAAAAUCUCAAACAAUUUAUACGUUAUACUUCUUCUUACGUAGGCUUUCCAAGCGUUUACUCUUUUCGGAGUUUUCAGAGCAUUUUCUCUGUAUAACUUUAUUUACCGUGUUUUAAGUUGACUCCAUAUUUAGAUGUUAUAAAUGAGGUAAUAUAAAUCAACAUGUGCGUUAUUUUUUUUUAGAGAGUGUCACACCUUUUUCAACAACAGUUUCAUCGGAUACUGGAAUGCUUAACAAAGAUGUAAUAUAUGGACCGGUCAUUGGAGUCCUGGGAUUGAUCGUUAUUUCAGCUUUAAUAUACUUGGUAUUAAAGCAUCAGAGACGUAAGUAACAGGAAUCCUCUUAAUUUCUAAUUCCACUUGGAACGCAGAACCAGUUUUCAAAUGCAUUUUAGGCAUCAAACCCAGUGGGUAACUCGAUCUUUGUUGUUUCAGGUGAGUGCACGUGUCACAAAUCUUCCUAAUUCAACAUGAACUCCGUCAAGCUGUUUCUACUUUUACCGUUUCCUAUCCAAGUGGUAUACGUGUAUGAUUUUCUUGCAGUACGUAGCACCCCUCCAAAACAUUUGCCUAGGUUAGGUAUUAAACUCAACUUUCCAAUGGUGUUGGUUGCUAAUGGUUUCCACGUACUAGCACUGAAUGAGAAAUUUGUAAACCUCAUUUUCUUUCUUUUUUGAAAUUAGGUCAUCGAGCUGAUAGGUAAGUUACAGACAAAACCUAAUUUCCGUAUGACUUUCAUUUUUUUUUUAACUUUUAUCUGGAAAACAAUGUAGAGUAUUCGUCAUUUCUUGUAUCUGAUGAGAUGUUUUAUUUAUUUAGACAAUAUGAUAACCAAAAAGAAUUACACAGAUCUCACUUGGUAAGUACUAAAACUGGGGGGACACAAUGCGGCGUCGGGAUAAAUAUCUUAGCAUAUUCAUACCUAUUAGUUCAUUUUCGCGAAAAAAAAAAAAAAAACUAUUCUUAAUUGUUCAAAGAUAAUCCUCGGUGGUUUGAUGACAAUUUUUUUGAAAAAAAGAUAUCUGCAUGGUAUUGUGUCAAGCAAUAUGAAAGAAAAAAAGAAGUAACAAGCAAAAGACGUAGAAUCAAGGUUUUUGUUCUUUGCAUUCUUACAAUUAACAGAACCAAGGUUUUCAAAAUGAAAGCAAUAGUAAUGGAGAGCGUGAAAUACCUGGUCCAAGACAUUACAUGGAGUUGGGAGAAGUUACAGAGUUCCUUGGCGAAUCAGCAGAAACAGGAACAGAGGCAUCACCUUAUUUGGAGAUUAAUGAAUAUGCUCCAUUGCAUCCAGCAACUCGAUCCUGGGAAGUUGAAAGAGAAAACGUCACCAUUGAAAAGGUGAUUGGAAAAGGUGCAUUUGGACAGGUUGCUCAAGGAACAGCCUCAGAGCUGCGAGGGAGAGAUGGAACGACAAGAGUGGCCAUUAAGAUGUUAAAAGGUAACUUCUCAGUUACACAGAAUGUUUUCCUUUUCAUGGCAUGUGUCUUUAAAUAAGAUCCGGUUAAACAAGGUGCAUACCUGGGGCACCAAACAACAACAUCAACCUCUAUUUACUUGUCACCUAACUAGGUAAGAUAGUGCUGACCCGCAAAGUAGCAGGAACACUAAUCGAAGCGGGUCAGGCACAGAUAAAAUAUUAAUUUAUAUUAUUUACAUUAUAAUUAGAUACAUAUAAGUUAAAAGAAGGUUGGAAGAAAAAAAAGUAAGAAAAUAUUAUAAUCGUAUUUUAAACGAAAUUAGAUAACAUUUUAAUCUGCUGAUAUUGGUGUAAGGAAAACAUAAGCAAUCCUGGCCAGGGUUUUUAACCUUUCAAACGAAAAAGGAGAAUAACAUCUACUACCAACAAUUUUAUUGGGGCUUAAAAGAUCGAUAAAAGCUGGUGCGUUUAUCAAAAUAUUUCUUACUUAAUAAAUGGGGGUUAAGGAAAUUGUUAAACUGGCCGUGGACGUGGGAACAGUACCCAACCCGUGGUAGGGUAACUCUAAUUGAGUAAAAUAAUAUUUAGGCAGUUAAGCGUCAUGGUUAAUAAAAAAUAGUAACACCAACUGGAGGAAAUGUCCCUGUACCACCAGGAAUGCUUGGUAGUGAGCAAAUGCGCAGAAAAUCCCAGAGUAACAAAUUUUUGACAUGCCGUUUUAGUGGUCGUUUUGUUUUUUAAGGCGCUCUCUACAAAUUACACAUUUUGCGUGAAUGCAUAUACAAUUAGCAAGCGCUGAAUGAACAGCUUGCAUUGGAGGUUUGUUUGGUUCUAUUUUUUUUCAUGUUUCACAUGAAAGAAGCCAGGGAUCAUGUUUUUACUGGAGUGACUAAAGAAAACCCUCGUCCUCUUGCUAAUGACACUAGAUCAGCCCUGUCUGGUUAAAAUGGGAGUUCCGCUUUACAGUUAUCGUUUAAUCAUGUCUUCAACCUGCAGAUAACGCCCGCGAGACUGACAGAGAGGAUUUGAUGUCAGAACUUGAAGUGAUGAAGAAACUUAAACCUCACCCACACGUUAUAAAGCUGAUGGGAUGUGUUACUGAAAGUGGUAACAAUAUUUACAUAAUCAUGUUACGUGAUGGUUUUAAUUUACGUGCCUGUGGUAAAGGGCUACGAUAUAUUUGCUGAUUGCUUUUGCCAUCUAAAGACUUACACUUUAAUGUCAUUGACCCGUCAAAAAGCCCACGUGGCACGAAAUUUAAUUUUAAUUAAUUUUUCCCUCUGUUUUAGUUAAUAUAGCCAGUCUUUAAACCUGGUCAAAAUCCUUCUAAGGCCACUUUUUAGCGUUUGAAAUGUACCCCGACAUCGCCAGCCGAACAAGUGUUACGUCAUACACAAGUGGCGUUAAAUUCGCACAUUCCAGGUAUAAGCACGCACCAUGGCAGGGUUUUGUGGGUCACAUUUGUGUAGUCAGGUGACACCGUUCAGACUUUUGUGAGCCCUUAAACUAGAACUCGUCUCCAUACCAGGGACUGCUCUAGGAGAUAUGUUUAAACAAAGCAGCAAAAAGACACCUGCUCCAAAAUUUAAAAAUUAACUAGAGUCCCAUAAAUAGGUUAACUGCCUUUGAGGGACAUUAAAACCACCAGGACCUGAACACCACAUCUUGUUAUACUGAAUCUGAUAUGACCUUGACUUUGUAUGAUCUUAUAUUAUUAUACGGUCAAUUUUGACAGACCCGAUACUCGUUAUCAUUGAAUAUGUCCCGUAUGGUGAUCUCCUGGGUUAUCUGAGAAAGAGCCGUGGGCUUAACGACACUUACUUUAAAGACCCGGAUGUUAAGCCUCAAACAAGUCUGACGUCACAGCAGCUGAUGAAGUUCUCUUGGCAUGUAGCUGAAGGAAUGAGAUAUUUGUCUUCCAAAAAUGUUAGUUUAACAUUGAAAUUUUCUUAUUUCUUCCGCAGAAACUAUCAUUUUAUUUUUAUGUAUUUGCAUUGCAGCGUGGAUUAUGCUGAACAAAUGAUACUAAUUGCAUAGAGUGUUUUCGAAGGAGAUCCACACCAAAUCACUCUAUAAUUUUGUAUAUACUUUUUAUGGCCCUUUCAACUUGUCACUAAGUACGUUCCUCCUUUUCUAUUGAUGGGCUGGAUUGAAUUUGGAACGGUUUUUUUACUGAAAUUAAUUUAGUCUGUAUCAUAACUAAAAAGGGAUGUUUUUAUGUAUUUAUCAUCUUCAUUUUGUUUUUAUCCGGAUUCGUUCGGACGGGGCCUCACACGAAUCCGGAUAAUUUAGAAACCGCACCCUUUUUUAUACGAAAAGGCAUUCCGUCCACACGAACCCAGUGAAUCCGCACGCAGAAACCACAUGUUCGUAAAUUGCUCUUCAGAGUGGAUUUUUUUUUAUCCGACGCGUUUGGUGAAUUCGUCUGAGGCACCCAACGAGAAUUAAUAGUUCGAACCCAAUUAAACAUAGCACUGUUAAACGUAUUUUAUCCCCUAAAAAUUUUUCAUCUGUUCGAAUUUCCUAGCUGAAAGCUAGUCUAGUGAUCCGAAAAUUAUAGGGAUCAAACAUACCUUUUCGAAAAUUUCAGCCAGAAAAAAGGCUCCCGAAGAUUCUAGGUGACCUUUUAGCGUAAAAAUCCGUUAAAAAUGGGCAAUUAUACCAUUUUUUAGAUGUUCGAAAAUUCUAGGAGAGGCAGGCAAGCAAGAAAUUUUACAAAAAACGUUCCGAAAACUCUAGAUCUCAAAUCGUCUUCCGAACAGAUAUUUGCCGAAAAUUGACGUUAGGUGCCUCUGAAUUCGUGUGGACUACUGAAGCCGAUACUUGAAGUGAACUACGUCAUCACCUCGAGGUUCCAGUUUUAGUGAAAACUUUCAAGUUUAUUAUGGCGGACAACAAUGUUCUGUUUGCAACUUUGCUGGCUCUUAUCGCCAGACUAAUAUUGCAUGUGUUGAAAUCAAUUUUUCUAUUUUCACAACAACAAUUAGCCAUUCCAAAAGAAGACUUAAGUCAUCAAGAUUGUGGAAUUUUUUAGUUCCAGACGAAGGUAGCUAGUAAAGCGUCUUCUCUCUGUACCUCGUCAAAGAAGAUUUUGGGUUCUUCCAGCGCGAAGAAGUACCUGGCGGGAAAAUGUACGGGCGGGCCUGGCGGUUGUGCUCGGUACAGCUUUAAAAACAUUAAAAAAUGCCCCAAAAUCACAUCGCGGGCGCGGUUUGAGAAUGCCUAAACCAAUUGUGGAAUUUAGGCAUCCUACUGAUGAACAGUUUCGACUUUUAGAAAGUUCAAGAAACUAUAGAAUUUGCCGUCUGUCCUCUGUGGAGUGGUAAUUAGCAAAUGUAAAUCAAAACGUGGCCUGAGGCCCCGUCCACAUAAAUCCGGAUACUUUUGAAACCACUUACUUUUUUAUACGAAUCGGCCUUCUGCUCACACGAAACCAGUGAAUCCUCAGACGGAAACCGCAUAUUUUUGAAACCGCUCUCCACAGAGUGAUUUUUUUUUUAUUUGACGGGUUUGGUGAAUUCGUGUGGACGACUGAAACCGAAUAUUUUGAAGUCAACUACGUCAUUAACUCGGGUCCAGUCUAAGGGAACUUUUCAUUUGUCAGAAAUGACCGGCCAGACCAGAAUUUUAGUUUCAAUAGUACAGUACAGUAUCUUUAUUAAAUCUCCACUAAGUGGCUCUUCCGAUUUAAUUUACAAAAUGGAAAAAAAGAAAGAAGAAGGAGAAAAAAGACUAAUUUACAAAUCUAAUUAUUAAUGAAAAAUGGGAAAACUAGGAAUAAAAUUAAAUUAAAAAAUAGCUACGAUAAUAUAUCGUAUAUACUAUAUACAUAUACAUAUUCUCAUUAUUGACUUAAAAGUACUCUAAUUAUGACAUAUAAAAACUGUUGUAGUCAUGCAAUCAGUCACCUGGUUCUCGGUGUGACAUAGCUCCAAUUUUGCACCACGGUUAAAGCUAGUGAGCGUUUUACUAUUUCUUGUGCUUUCCCUUAGAGAGUUCCUAGUGUUGAUAGAUCGAUAGUGAAAGGAACGUUGUGCAGUGGCUGUCCUUCACACAGGAACGUCUAGAUUUUCCCUGAAUCUGGUAUUAUAACUAUGGAUUCCUGUUCUUUUAUUGAUGUAGCUGUUUAAGUAGGAAGGCCAAGUGCAUUCACUAUUUUAUACAACUGUGUGACAUCGCGUACUAACAGUAGAUGUUUAAUAGAGGACCAACCCAGUUCCUGCAGGACUGGUGAGAUAUGGUCGAACUUCCUAGUAUUAGUUGAAACUCGGGCAGCAAAAUUUUGCCCAAGCUGCAGUUUAUGAAUGUUCUGCUCAAAAGUGCCAGACCAUACAGUAGAACAAUAAAAGAGCUUACUAAAAACCAAACAAUUCAAAAUGGUGACGAGUAAGGAUUUGGAAAAUAGAUGCCUAACUUUGCCUAUCUGACACAGAGUAGAGUAGAGAUAAGGGAAGAAGUCAUUGUAUUUACCUGUUCAUUAGAUGUAAGGUUCGAGUUUAGUAUGAUACCCAUAUCUUUGACAAAGGGUACGGGGGCUAGGUUUUGGCCAAGAAAAGGAACUCUGACAUCCAGAAUUUUACUUAUAAUAGCUGUCGUAUUCCAAACAAAAUAAGUUUCAUUUUACUAGGAUUUGAUGAGUAGCUUAUUAGUAAAGCACCAGGCGGCGAUGAGACGAAGAUCUUCGGUAACUUUAGUCAGGCAGGAGUCAAUGUCCUUGGAUGAGAUCGAAAGGUAAACCUUGGUAUCAUCGGCAUAUGACUCGACACUUGAAAAUUUGACAACGGAGGCUAAGUCAUUCAUGUAGAGACUGAACGGGAGCGGCCCCAAAAUGGAUCCCUGAGGUACGCCAUGUGUAACGAUUAGCUCUUAAGGGCGAGAUGUUCCUAGUCGUGUUGACUGCAUACGGUCGGUAAGGUAGCUCUCAAACCACUUCGACGCUUUACUUUACUCACCCAGACCUUGCAACUUAAGAAGGAGUGUCCUGUGACAUAUGCUAUUAAAUGCCUUGCUUAGAUCGAUCAGGACCAUAGCCGUUAUCUCCUUCUUGUCCAUUGCUUUGAAAAUGUAAUGCGACCAGUAACAACCAGACUCAGGGUUUCGGUAGAGUGGUAUUUGCGAUUUCCACUCUGGUGGCAUGUGAGGUUGCCUUGUUGAGCCAGAAAGUAAUUAAAUUGAUUCAAACCAUCCAGCCAGAUCUGUCAAAUCCUACAUGGCGUGUAGGGAGGAGAUGAUUUUUUUUAGCAAAAACUCUUGGAAAAAGCCUAUUUCAUGGUCAAAAUGAUUGGUCAGGCCAUGGUCCGCCGGCCAGUUCUGACUUUUGGAAAGCGCCCUUGAAUGAAAACUUUCAUUUGGCGGACAACAAUCAAUGUUCUGUUGCAACUUUGCUCGCCCUUAACGCCAGUCUUAUUGCAAGAGUUGAAACCAAUUUUGCUAUUUUGACGACGAUAAUUAGACACUUGAAAAGAAGACUUAAAAUGCCCUGCCUAGGCCCCCUUCAUAUGUAUCUGGUGUCAACGGUUCCCAAAAACGCAGCUUUUCAAAAACGCUCUUCAGAGUGGAGAUUUUUGAAAACGCCGGCUUCUCAUUUUCGUGUGGAUGGACCAAAACGGAGGUUUUCGAAUACGAUGAUGUCAUAUAUCAUAUAUACUACUAGCAUUAUGCAUGUUUCGUAAAAGAUGGUAUGCGCUUUCGUUUGGUCGGGCGAAAACGAUUCGAAUACGUAGUGGCGUAUUCGUGUGGAUGGAUAGUCCAAACCGGAUACGCCACACCGAAUUCGUGUUGACGCAAAUAUGAAGUAUGCAGUACAUAAGCUUAUCGGGAUUCGUGUGGACGUGGCCUGAGUGUCUUUUCUUAUUUAAUUGACUUAGUUUAUUAACACGUUGGAAUCAAGAGAGGAUAAAGGGGACAGAGAAGGCAUCCCCCAUACACACCCUAUUCUAUAGGUAAUUCGUCUCCAGUUAUUUUUAACACCACAGAUCUCAAGGGGGAUUAGACAAGAGCCAAUCACAUAGCGCGACUGCGUUCCGCGUGGAUGACCCAUGCUCAGAGCCACGCGUCCUUCACGAAAUGACGCAGAACAAAAUGGCGGAAGACGGGGAGAGCGAUAUUGCCAUUCGUUUUGUCGACGAAAACGACAAAAGCGAGAUUUCUGCUAAAGCUGUAUCAGCGAAACGGAAAUUAAAAAAGAAUCGCCCUUCCUCUCUUGAAUAGAGCUAACAGUACAGCAGCGAAAUCCUUAACAAACUGAAUAUUCUCUCAGGAUCAUUUAUAUUUUACAGUUUGAAGAGAGACAUUUCUGGUUUGAUAUUUAUUCUUUUAUUAGUCUUUUAUUAUUCAACAAAAAUAACACUCGGCGUCCUACUUGCUUUAUUAUACAAACGACCGGUUGCAAUAGACCGCCGAAGUUUCUCAUUUUAUUAAAGCACUGAGGUUACGACAACUUCGAGUCAAACUGAUUUCACGGGUUGUCAAAGAGUCCAGCGAUUCCCUUUUCCCAGGUGAGCGCCGACUCAUUUCGCUUCAAUAUUCAGGAAUGCUCUUGAUCUUUAACGCUUUCAUUGCCUUUCGCCCGACAUGUUUUGUACGGCGUUUAGUCACGCGAAACCUCCACGAAACAUCCACGCAGCGAGCAAGGUAACUUUAUCCCGAUUCUAAAAAUAACUCGAGACGAAUUACCUAUGGAAUAGGGGGUGUAUGGGGGAUGCCUUCUCUGUCCCCUUUAUCCUCUCUUGGUUGGCAUGUUGGAAAAACAUGUAUACGUAGUGCAUGUCGAGAAUUGGGAACUACAAGAUAAUACAAUUGUUUGCUGUAGUGGUUAAUAUAGUUUAUUGUUUGUUCCAGAUAAUUCAUCGAGACCUUGCUGCUCGCAAUGUUUUGGUUGGGGAGCAAGAAGUAUGUAAGGUUACCGACUUCGGAAUGGCCAGAGACGUAAAUCAGGAAAAUAUUUACCAGAAGAAGAGUAAGGUUUGUGGAAUAUCUUGUCAAAAAGAAAUUCUCCUUGGACUUAUGCCUUGUUUAAUUGUUUAUUGUUCCGAUAACUUCAGAGAGGAUCUGGUUCCUUCACUCGAGUUCAGUAAUCCAAUCAACGACAAUAACAAAUACCUUUCAAAUGCUUUAUGCUUUCAAAUGCUUUAGAAAACAACCACCGCGGUUUUCCUGUUGACUGAGCUCCGAAUUGCUAACUUGUAAAAGCUUACUCCCCUUCCAAGCAAAUGAAUAUGUCGACAUGCCAUUUAAAUCUGAAAUGGUGAAUUGGUUUGUUUUUCUUCUUAUUAUGUAUUUAUCGGCUCAGUCAGAAAGAAACGGCAGCGCAGGUUUUCUAACAGCCUUCGAGUUCUGCAUAGUUGUUCAGAUCAUACGAAAUUAAGCCAAAUUCAAUAAUUGUUUUAUUAUUCAUUCAAAAUAUUUCUAAGUUUCUAAGCUUACCUCCAUGCGACUUUAGUAAGUAAGUAUAAGCAAGUAAACACUUUAUUUAGAGAGGGUAACACUAACUAGCUAGAAGCUAUUGAACAUGUGGCCCUCAAAAACUUAGAAAAGAAAAAGAUACAAAAAAUGCAAAUAUCUAAAAACUAUUUCUAUCUAAUCUAAAAAUACUAUAAUCUAAAAAUAUCAAAAAAUUCUAUGAAAAUUAUACAUGUAAUCAAAUAUUAAAAGCAAGCUAAAUUUUAAAAUGAUUAAACUAAGCUUUUCGUUAAAAAUUAAAUUAAAUAACGUCUUCUUAAAAGCAGGAAGAGAAUUCUUACGUCGUAAUUCUAAAGAUAAAUUAUUCCAUAGUUUCCAAGCUCUAACUAAGAAAGACUUUCCACCCUCUGCCUCGCGUAUAUACUUAGGGCAAACUAAGUUCAAUUUAGCAUACCUAGUAUUUCUAGUAUGACCUUGAUUAUUAACAGUAAAAUCUUCGUUUAAAUAAAUGGGUAAGGUACCCUGAAUAAGUUUGAAAACUAGAGAGCAACUACUUAUCUUAUUUUCUUAAUAAAAAGGAAUCCAUUUUAACCUAUUCAAAUAAGAGCACAGAUGGCGAAUCACCAUCGGCAGAUAGAAUAACCCUAGCCGUCCUUUUUCGCAGCCUAAAAACUCUGUUUAAAGUUUCGUUAUCACAACUUGACCAGAUAACACUAGCGUAAGUUAUUGUAGGAUGAAUUAUCGAAUUGUAAUGUAACAAUCUUUGGUUAAGAUACGUGGCCCGUAAGGGACAUUGCCAAUUUUUUUUGGCUUAAUAAAUAUAAUAAUAAUAAUUAUAAUAAUUAUAAUAUCUAAAAUUAAAAUAUAUAAAAAUAAUAUAUAAUAUAGUAAUAUAUAAAAUUAAGUAAAAUAAUAAUAAUGAUAUAUAAUUUUAAAUCAUCGCGCGACAAGUUUGAGUUAUCGCGCGAUAAUUAGUCACUUUAUUGCGCGAUAAAUUGCAACAUAUCACAUGAUAAAGAGAAGCUGGAACGAAGCACGUGGAGAGAUACAGUAAUGGUAACACAAAAUGUUAUGCCGUAAUAGGAACGUCAAAUACAAAACUUUAAUCCUGGCAAUUUUGAAGAACAAAACUUUAAUUCUGGAUUAACGCUAGUCGGCCUUUCAGGAACCGGGCCCUGGUGGACAUAUUAUUUGUUCAUUUCUUUGGAUGAGUUUGGACUCGGUCCUCCUUAUCAUGUAGAUAUUUUAAGAUUUUCUAAAUUACUCUUUGCCUAGUAUGCAGAGCAAAAUUACGAUUAUAAAUCAUGAAGUUCAUUCGUAUCAAUCUUGCGAAAUGCCUCUCAGAUUGUGCAAUGAAAUACUUGGGAGAAUAAAUGAUCUCCUCUUGUCCCACAGUGAAAACAAUCCCGGGGGAGAGGAAGGGCGGUACUCCCUCAUAUAACACAUAUAAGUAUGUGCCGCCCCAAAGGGUAUGGUUUUGGUGCGGUUUUGGUCUGAAAACAGGUAUGGUUCAGUGACCAGAAAACCGCUCAACUAGUUUCAUAACGCGUUUCCGGCACAAUCUCUAGGGGGCGAAUGGGCUGCUUAUUCAACUUACUAAUAACUGUGUGCUGUAAAUUUCUUCUCAACGGUCGUAUGACACACGGCUCUUUUCAGAGCCACAGCAUAAGCUUACUUAAAAAGUCUUGACUACUCUUUUUUUAUACUACGGUUUGUCUCUCAGGACUAGUGAUAUUACUGUAAGUAAAAACUUGCAAGAGGUACGUGAUAGGCCGCACAUCUUCACCGGCGUGAAACCUUUGAAAACCUUUUACAUAUUGCUCCAGUGAGGCUUUCAGGGAUCUUACAUUUUAAAAAUUGAACGUUGAUAUAGCUUCUAUAUAGCGGACCAAGAUACGGUUCGGUACAGUUUAUGUUCAGCAGGGGAAAAUUUUGUAAGUUGAGCAGAACGUUUAAAAUGUACAACAGACAAUUUAUUCAGUUCGCGCGUAUUUCUGUUGAACUUGUAGCCCGUUUAUGAGAUAUGUCUAUUCAAAAAUAUACUAUUUUUUUCCAAAGCUGCUGUAAUCUUAGGGUAUCUGCUUUUAAUAUCUCCGUACAGCUUAGGUUUAUGCGAUCUCAGAGAACCAUGUUAGGCUGUACACAGCAAGUAGUCUUUAUUAUAUCCAGAUCUGACACUGGUUUUGGGUAGUUAUCACGUCUUUAGUAGUAGCUGGCUUAAAAGUUAGACUAUAACCCCUUCUUAGCAUGAUAAAGAAAGGGUCAACAUCAAGAUAAUGCAUGCAUACAUGCAUGUAACGUUCCCGCUUCUCUUUAUCAUGUGAUAUGUUACAAUUUAUCGCGCGAUAAAGUGACUAAUUAUCGCGCGAUAAUUCAAACUUAUUGCGCGAUGAACUGACUAAUUAUCGCGCGAUAAUUUAAACUUAUCGCGCGAUAAGUUGAAAUUAUCGCGCGAUAAUUUAAGCAAAAAUAUAUAUAUAUAUUGUAAUGUCCCUUACGGGCCACCGUAUUAAGAGGUAGAUAAACUCUGAUUUUUCUGAGAAGCGCUCUACGUUGAGAAAGUUUCUUACAAGUUUUAUCAACAUGUUGACUGAAAGAUGACUGUCAAUGUCCAAACCCAAUAAAGUAGCGCUAGAAACAUUGCUCACUAAUUCAUGGUAAUUAAACUUCAUUAAAUAUACCAUCGAACAAACUCGUUUAUCGCUGAGCAUCUUCCAAAUGUGGUCAGCGCCGGUUGGUUAUCGGGAAUUUGCACGGGGAUUGCAGCCAAUGGGAAGCGGCGAAAUAUAUUGAAUUAGUAACAAAAAAACAUUGAAUGUUGUGUUGACACAGGGGCGAAUUCCAGUGAAAUGGACAGCUUAUGAAGCACUUCUGUAUGGACUGUAUACUACAAAGAGUGAUGUGUGAGUUGAAACCAAAAGAAUUCAUUUUUCAUUUUCAACUUUGUAAGCGUGCAGUGGUUGGGCAACGCAUUUCUUCCGUCAACCAUAUCUUUUGAAUUCUCUAAGUUGCAUUGCUGUGUAUGUUAUGCUAUAUGUGAUUCGUAGCUGUAUAUCUAGCUAAACGUCGUUGUAACUUUCCAUUGAAUGAUGCAGUUGUAUUUGUCUCUAACAUCUUUUUUGCUUUAAUGUAGAUGGAGUUUUGGAGUUGUGCUUUAUGAGAUAUUCACCGUAGGUAAGAUACGAUUAGAAACUACUCUUAACAGCCAUGUGCUCCCACCCUACGCAACUCACUUUCCCCCCUCCCAUUGUAAUUUUGUCCCAACGAUUUCGAAUACCAAAUAAAAGUAUGAAUCUCUUAUCAGAAAUUCAAAGGGAAGAAGACAGUGCUCUCACAAGACCCUUUACUUUCUCAGAACUAGAGUCAUUGCUUCAAAACUACGAAAAAGUACAGAAGAAACUAAGAGCCUGAUACCUUGAAUAACUUAUACUUCUUCUGCAUUACCUGUGUUAUCUUUUUUGGCAAUUUUAAUUGUUGUUUUUCCUUGAGGUAUAAUGAAAACCAGUUUUACGCGAACUCAGAACACAAUUACUACCUUUUAUAAUUUUAAAGUAUAUUUUUAAGGUGGAUCACCUUAUCCAAGAACUGAAGGAAGGAAAAUGUAUUCGCUCCUCAGUCAGGGCUACAGAAUGCCAAAGCCGAGCCACGUAGAUGACACUCUGUAAGUAAAAACGAAACAAAACAAAACAAGCCGAGACAAAAUUAAAACAAUCAGUGACUCCAAUAUCAUAGGAAGUCUAGUUUCCCAUAGGCUACAGAGAUAAUUAUUAGCAGAAGAUUGAAUGUACAGUGUAAGUGGAUUGUAGCUGCCUUGUUUUCAGCUAUAUUUAAUUUUGAGGCUUAAACAUUAGCCUUGCACUUCUGACAGGAAACCACCGUGUACCACAAUUUAACCUUUAAUCUUAAGUGAAAUGAAAUUACCAAAUGAAUACCAUUACCAUUCUAGCAAUAGGCGGCUCUAAGAUAUCUCAUAUAACGUGUUGCCAGUUCUCUCCAGUUUUGGCUACAAGAUCAGUAGCGCGGAAAAAAAAUUAGGACCAAGCAUGGCUAAAAAGCUUUCAUUAUAGCUGCUAGUGGAUUUCUUUGAGUCGUUUAGUUUAUGGACUGCGCUAAUGCUUUAAUAUUUAUCUUCAGGUACCAGAUUAUGCUUAGUUGCUGGCAAGAGGAUCCCGAUAAUCGUCCAACCUUUGAAAUACUGGGACGCAAAUUAAAGGAAAUGGAAAAUCAACACAAGGUAUAAGCAACACUAUAGCAAAAAAAAAAAGGCACAGUUCAGGCAAAAGAGAAAUUUGGACCUUCUACCUUAGGACCUUGUAUUAUGUUUUAGUCAAAUGCUUUGGUCCAUAAUCACCAUUUUUUGGAGGGUCUGCAACAUUCUGUUUGCUUUUGAUGGUAAUUUCGAGAUAUGUACGCAUGUUUUAAAAUAUAUGUACCUUUCAUAUCACGAUGAUGUUACACCCAAGGGUAGGAUAAAUACUAGUUAUGCAAUGCCUUCCAAGGCAUUAUAUCGUGAAAUGUCCCACGAGUGACUUGAUGUUUCUUAGGCCUAGGCCAAACGUCGAACUUUUCAUGAGACGAACCUAACUCCAAUUUGGGUCAACCUAAACUAAGUUAAGAUCGUAUGUUGAGUCACCCGUCGAACUAAGGACGGGUCGAACCAAUCAACUGAAUCAGACUAAAAUCAGACUGAAUCAGGCAAAUUUAGCCAUUUAGUGAUAAGUUUUCUCCCGGAAGAGGCUAAAUAUACAUUAUCAUACAAAUUUUCAGUUUAGUUCCUGUCAUAAGAAAAUCGAAGUUUGUCUCAAAUGUAGUCUGUCUAUAACAAUGUCCAAAUGAUCGAUAGCUUGUCAAUGAAUAAAGUUCGUCUUCCUCUGUCUACUUUACCUGCAUCCUGAAGAAAAUAGCAAGACCGCUGUCGAAUGUUCCUGACGCGAUUUCAGAUAGGCGUUUUGUUUCGAAGUGCAGUUGUGUAUCCACAUCAGUCUUCGCAAGUUUAUGGUAAACUGUUUUUUUUUUUUUGUUAAUCUCGGUUGGAAAAUUCCCAAACUUGUUUGUCCGUUACAUUGUCUGUUUGAUUUCUUUUUGUAUUACCAUUUAUCUUUGACUUCUAAAAAGUCCGGAUGGUAAUUAAAACUCGUAUAGCGGAGCUCUCCAGUGGAGCACCAUGGGUAAGAAAAUUUGGUUAUUCAUGCAUGCGAGAAAUUUUGGUUGUCACGUGACCGUACGCCCUUCCUCCCGUCCACCCGUUCUUCCGUCCGCACACAGGGUAACCAAUGUGAAAUGACCUGUUUUCCCGUGUCGAGGCUGCAACCUGAGUUUAACAUGAUGAUAAACGUCGAUGUUAUGGUAAUCUUGGCCACCCGAACUUUUAGAAAGAGAAAAACAACAACAACAACAACAAAGCCGUCUUAACUGAGAAAGGGCUAGAGCGAAAGAUAAACAAAAAAACAAAAACAAAAAAAAGUCAAAUUUGAAAAUGGAAAUGAUAAAUUUUAGCGGCCAGUAUGGUGAAGAUGAGCGGCAGUGAAAAAGAAAGCGAGCAGGAACACAAGAAACAAAAUUUUUUGUUAGAACAUGAGACGUUGCCUCCAAGAAACGAGUAACUAGAAAGUUUCACGCUGUAGUCGUGCAAGACAACGACAAAGAAAUGCAAAAAAGAAGUGUGCUGCACGUGCAAAGUUGUUGUUGCUUAUGAGACGUGUUGUUUUUUUUUGUUUGCGUGUUUGUUUUGCCGUUCUCGUUGCCUCCGUCGUUUAGCAUUACACGAUUGUAUUUUUUCGUGAGUAAAGUGACGAGAGCUUCUCUGUUAGCCCUGGCUAAAUCUGUAUGUUAGUGUUGUUUGCAACCUUGCUUGUCAAAGAUUGGUUAGAAUGAAAAGCUUUGGCUCUCGCUAUCUGGAUAUCCGCUCUGCUUUCGGGGAAAAUGUGGAGGCCGCAAGCAUCGCCUGGAUUUUUUUCUUGAAAUAAGACCCGUUUCAUAUCGCAGAAUAUGGAUUUCUAGUUUUCUGAUUGGCUGUAUUGUGAAUGGCGUGGGAUAAAACUCCCGGUCAUCGAAUACUCAAUUACAGUUGCAAUUAAUGCUUGGCUCAGUGUCUGAGUAAGUAACGAGCAUUUUAAACUCUUUUUUUCUCGCAGAGGCUUAUCAACAUGAAAGACUACGACAAGAAGCUGUACGAAAAUGUGGAGGAUUUAAUAAUUUAGAAGGCAGUGGCCAGCAUUCACAAAGUAGUUUUUUUUCUUUUGAAACUCCGGUGAAUAGAGCUCUGUGACUGAAAAUAAAAAUGACGAAGUCAUUUUGCCUAAAAAAAUUAAUUGUUUAUACUAUUGCACUCACUAACGCCUUUUUGAAUUCUUUAAGACUAGAUCUUAACAAUCUUUUAAAAUGAUGAAAAGGGCAAUGAUAAUAA